GCCAUGAGACCGGAAGUGACGCAGAUGUUUGUCAGCUGCUGUGCGAUGUGGAGCCGCCUGGCAGUGUUCUGACAGGUGGAGGGCCUGCCCUGUCUGCCAUCUGAAGGCUGUCUACAGUGAGUGGCACAGGUAGGUAGAUAGAGAGAGAGCACCCCCAGCCCUCCAUUAUACCCUGGGUAUGGGGCUAUGACGUCAUACUCUGCUCUCUGCACCCAGAGCUGAGAGUUGUCCCAUGUACCAGGCCUGGGGGGGUAAGGGCUGCCUAUACAGGAGAUGGCCAGGACACUGUAAGGGGAGCUAGGCAGGUGUCUAGAGACCAGGUCCUGCUCACACAUUACUAAAACAGCCAGGAUUGCAACAUCUCCCAUGCUCUCCUGGACCCAGGUAACUUGUUCACAGUGAUGGGCAGAACAGGAAAUCAUUUCAUUUUCCCUUUCUGUGACCUGUGCAUUCCAUACACUGAUCUGACAAACCCUAAGCAGCAGAUACUAGGUGAUAUACUGUUUUAGUAAUGUAAUAAUGCUGUAUAUUCAUCAUUGGAUAAACCACUCUUACUCUUAAAAACGAUUCUUGAAGGAGUAGGUUAUCAUUUUGUAUGUAUGGCUAAACUUGAAUAUGGGAUUGGGUAGGUUUGAUUGUUGUCAUGCCUGCUUCGCUUUUAUAAAUUACUUUAUAGUUAGUCUUUUCAACUGGUAACAAUGUCUACUUAAAAUGUUGCACUGGGAACAAUAAGGCCAAUUGUGAUACAUUUUGCCAGUUAAAGGGUAUACAUGUUGUUGGAGAAAGAACCACAUAAACCUGAAAUAAGCUUUAUAUAUAUAUUUUUUUUUACAAAUCUAAACUGUUAAAAUAAUCUAUAUCAAACAUAGAAAUAUCAGUUAUUCUUACUGACAUAUGCCAGUUUUAAGCUUCUUGGAAAAACAAACAAAUAAGAACUAAAGUAUUACUACUUUGUUCCAACAUUCAGGCUGAAUCAAUGAAGGGACACAGGAUAAAACUCAUGUAGCUUAAAGGAACAGUCCACAUGUAUUCAUUGGGGCUAUAUCUUAAUUAAAACAGUUGGCAAAAGCUGCAGUUCCUAUGAACUACAGCCUUUGCAAGGCCUCCCCUUUGUCUCCAGAAGAGACUUUUAAUCUCCUCACAGGGGAAUAACCAUUCAGAGGCUUCUCAUUUAGAUGCCUCAGAAGGGCUCCCACCGUGCAAGUGCACGCACAAACUUACAGCAUUCUGAUUUGAAAUCUGUGGAUGCUGGUCUCAGGUCUGAUCAAGGGGAGCUAACGGAAGGAGUAAGAAACCUCUCUGGGUGUUUGAUGGUCAGGAAGUGUUUAUAACAAUGCCAAUUUCUCAUAGAAAUCUGCAAUUUUAUAAACUUUCAUUAUUAUGGGAUGAUCCUCACCACUAUAGCAAGCUGAAGUGCUUUAUGAUUGUGGAGUGGUUCUUUAAAGGGACACUCCAAGCACCCAGACCACUUCUGUCCAUUGCAGACUCCCACUACCCUUAACCCUGCAAGUGUAAUUAUUGCAGUUUUUUUUUUAUAAACUGCAAUAAUUACCUUGCAGGUUUAACUCCAUCUCUAGUGGCUGUCUCAGGUAAGUGACUGAAGGGGUUUUCACCCAUUCAGCGAACCGGGGAUUGGGAGGUGGGAGGGAGAGGGGACCUGCAGUGCCAGGAAAACAAUCCAGCUAGAGGGUCCCUUUAAGGCUAGCUUCCUGUAUUCUUGAGCAGGUUUGUAAUCUCCAUUUGCUUUCUCUAACAGAACCUGGCCAUACUGAACAGGUUUACCCAAUCUGUGAUGGAUUUAUGGAUUCAUAGCAUUACUUUGUUAAAGGGACACUGCCUAAAUAAACAAAAAACACUAUUUAGUAGAUAUACUACAGAUGAAAACAUGUAUGCAUUUAAUUAUGCAUUAUUUUCAUUAGGGGUAUAUAUAAAAGCAAGUUGCAAAUGCUGCAGAUCUCCUGUCUGAAGUCUUUGCAAGCCACCCGUCAUCUUCCCUAGCACAGACUUUCUGUGCCUAUCCAAUCGCAGACUUCCCAGUGCAGCUCAAUGAGAAGUCUUUGCAAGUUAGGUGCUCUGAGCAUUUCGCCGUCUCUUGACUUUAGCUCCACUGAGCUAAACAACCAAGAAGUAAAUGAACCAGAUGUUUGACAGCCAGGGGGGUGGAACCAGAGUUAUUUCUGUUUGAAUUUGCCCUUAUAGUAAAAUGAAAAAAAAAACCACACACACUCUUCACAGAUAAAGCACUUUAGCUUGGCAUGCAGAGUGUUCCUUGAAUUAUUGUGCUUACUACACUCAGACAUAACACACAUGUAUUUAUGUAGCGUCAACAGAUUCCGUAGCGCUUUACAAUAUUAUAAGAGAGGGUGAUUUAACUAUAAAUAGAAGGAUUACAAGAAAACUUACAGGAACAUAGGUUGAAGAGGACCCUGCUCAAACAAACUUACAGCCUAUAGGACAUAUUUAUAAUUAUUAUGUCGGGAACCGUAAUUGACAUACCUACCACUUACACAUCCUCUGCAUACAUCAAAUUCAAGAUGAAAUAAGAACACUGAUGGUAGGUUACCUCUGUAUUGGACAUGGUUUAGGGUUAUUCAUGUCUGGGAUUUGUUAAAUUUAUCUAUGCAGUUAAUAUUAACUAUUUAUUAAUGCAAACAAAUGCUGAAUGUCACUUUGGCGCUCCGAAUUACCACUGAGAUUCUGGAUAUGUUGUUGAAAAUAAUCUCUAUGUUGGGCCUCCUGCAUCUUCACUCAAUGUAUAAUGCAUUUUCCUCAAUGUGAUGUACUUCACUUGGUGGUCCUACAAUGAAUGCUAGUGUUACGGCACUCUCAGCAUAAAAGGGCACUCUCAGCAUAAAAGGGUUAAACCACCGUUUAGAAGAUCUUCCCCUUCCAGAGAUACAGGCACAGCUACUAUAGACACCAAUCCACCGAACCGGAGAAGCAUAUGAAUGCUGUAAACAGCUGAACCGGAACCAUAUGAAUGCUGUAAACGGCCGAAUAGGAAAAACCAUACGAAAGGUUUACACUCCUAGGAGUCGAACUGGAACAGCAUACAAUAAAUCCCCCCCAAGAACGAGACAAAGCUCUGUGUUGGGGGGUCAAGCAGUGAACAGACAGAGCUGUGGGUUUAUUGCUCUUGUAUACACCUUAGUACCACCCACAGGGUUUUGGAACACAACCAAUAAACAAAUACAAUACAUUCAGACACUCCCACACAAAAUCCUCCCCUCUGCCUGUGAUACAAUUUACCUUACACAAUGGGUAAUGUAAUUAUCACAAGCAGAGAAAUAAAAUUUUCCCACAUUAUUCAUAACUUGAAAAGUAUGCAUCACAUUCACAUAAAACUUACAUUUUCAGAAUCAGCAUACUCCCAAUACAAACAUAGUCCUUUGUGACCAAAGGAAGCAUGGCUUUUCUGCCCAAAACCAGUUCCACAGAGUCUUCUAUUCUGGAGAUAAUUGGGAAGUAAUCCAAUUAUCUCGAAGGACAGAGGCAAAACUCCAUUGAACACAUGGCAGCAAAAGACAAUAAAACACAUAAAAACAUAUAACUGUGCAGCCAUUGCACAAAACAGGUACAUUCAACAUAUCCCCAGAUAGCUCAGAUCUGAGCGCACAUCAUUACUGAAUGGUGCUCAGAGCACACACAUACAGUUCAAUUGCCAUGGAGCCAAAGUCUUUCCCAUUGUCUUUCAUUAUACGAAUGGGCUCCAUGGCAUAGCUAUCUGGGGUAUCACCGCUCAAACAGGGCCAGCACCGAAUGACACGGCUUUCGUGUCUCCGCAGGGGAAAAUCAAGCGUUUUAUCAUGGGGCCAUAGUCCAGAGGCAACAGGCGAGCAACCAGUCUUCUCCAAUGCAAUGUGGCGAGAUUGCUCUCGUCACAGCUAGUAUUAUCCAUGCAUAUUGUACAAAUUUCUCCAUAUAUGUGAACAAAGAUUGCCUAAUGUUAUCAUCCCCUUACACACCUUUUGCUCCAUCUGUGAUUUCCUGUAUCCCACUUCUAUCACCUUAGGGCUUUCUGUCCCCAUCUGGGUACCAUCCUGUGUGUGUCAUUUCUAUGUCCAAGGAAUAAAAUAUGUGUUUGCUGUAUUUUCUCAGUGCAAAAUAUAUAUAUAAUCUAAGUAUCAUAACCACUGCAGUUGAUUGUUUGGUUAUGAGGCUAGGAAGAAAUGGGCUCAGGUCUUCGUUGGAGUGUUUUCAGCUGGUUUUAUUAAAAUUACGCUAUUAUUUUUAUUGCCAGCAUGCUAUAUUGAAUAUAGUUUAACUAAAAUGUCAAUGCUUAAAAAAAAAAAAACUGCUGCAGAAAUUUGUUUUAUAAAAAAUCUUUAUUCCUGGAUUUAAUUCACACAUUGAGAGUGUUUGGUAUUGCAUUGCUAUUUAUAAAAGUGUUAUCCUGGAGAGUUAUAUUCUUGGAGCAGAGAUACAUUCUGGAAGGCUAUGUACUGGGUGUUCUAGAGAGAUAUAUGCUUGGAACAGCGUAUUUUAGUAGUUUUCGCAAAAGUGAUCAUUCCUCUGGCCAACACACAAAACAGUUUUGCACCAAAUAUUAAAACAACUUUGCCAUAAAGUGUCUAAAAAAUACGUAAUUUUUUUUUCUUUUUAAAUGUACUGUUUUUUUAGGCUGCAGAAGUGGCGGUAUCACUUUAUAGGACUUCUGUUAUUUAGUUCAUCAUGGUUGCAUUUCCACUCGUGUGAGAAUACAGAACUUUGCUCUGUGAAUGAUGCUUUGAGACCGCAAACUUAGUGGGUUUUUGCACAGAUAUUCUCAUACCUGUUUACAGAGACUCCGUAGGGUACCUUAGAGGAAUGCAUGGAGAUACUAGUGAAACUUUGAGUCAAUGAUAGGUGGCUGACAUCAGUCCUUCGUGUUUUACACUUCUACAUAAGUCAAAGCAGAAUUAAAUCGAUUUUCUACCAUUUUACAAUGUAUCAUAAAGCCAUUAUUUUUUUUUUUUUAAAUAAACCACCUGUCAAUUUCUCAGCAUUGGUCUGAGUUCUGACACUUAACCAUUAAAAAAAACCCGAAAGAAAUCUAAGAAUUUAAAUGGGUUCAAAAACCUAAAUGUCUGUGAUCUCCUUAGAAGUAUAGGUUUUGUAAUGUUCUUGGGUUUUGACACCAGAAGACAAUGCCAUCAUCUAGUUUACCCCGUUUUCAAAUCCACUUAUCAACAUGAUCCUAUCUUUAUCUCCAGUGAUAUUAAGGAUUUUUUUCCCCCAUCAUUUAUCGUUGGCAUCUGCUAACACCAUUAUCAUUUAUUAUUAUUGUUCUGAAUUCAAUAGUAGAUUAAAUAACUUUUUUUAAAAUGUGUGCUAUGAAUUUUGCUUAUUUGGACUCUCUAAUUAUGCAUUGUCGUUAAUAGCCGAAUUUUACUUUGUAAAGAAACCAGAAUUUGUCAUACUUUGUUUGAAAGUGGAAAUUAUAGCUUUUAGUGUAGUCUCGUUAUCUAUAUAUAUGGGCACAAUCUUCUAACUGACAAUACUUGAAUCACUCGUAUUUAAUAUUUUGUUUUGUCUCACUUUAUAUUUUUAUUUUGUCAUAACUCUGUUUGCUUUUCCUCCUAUGGUAAAAACCACUGGUGGCUUUUCAUUUUUAUAGAGUAAGUGUACUCCCUGCUCUUAGUCAGUGUCAUGUUCAGCUUUGUGAUUUCAAAUUAGUUGUUAGGAAGGUGUGACAGUGAAAAAUAACUAUAUAUGUGUGUUGCAAUAGGCUUACCAGAAUAGCAUAACUAUAUGUCUGUUUGCAUUGCAUUGUAGUUCAUUUGGUUAAAGUGUAAGUGCACAUACCAGACGCAUUUCAUUAUAGUUCUCCUAGUGAACACUUUCUACAUAAAAUAAUAAGUAAGGAGAAAUUGUAAUAUAAAAGGGGUGCUGACUGGUUCAGUCUUGUAAUAUUAUUUUUAAAGCACCAGUUCUGUAGCUCUGUACAAUGGGUGGACUAACAGACAUGUAUUUGAAACCAGACAUGUUGGACGCACAGGAACAGAGGGUGUAGUGGCCUUCGGGUAACCCGACCGGUCACCACCGCUAAUUCCCUUACUUCAGCCGGUCAGGAACCACUUAAACUGCAAUGAGACCCAUUUCCCCCCCCAGUAAUUGGACAAGACCUAGUUCUGGAGGUGCAACACAAUUUUAUUGGGCACACACAGCUUUUAUGCAUACCCCGUGCAAGGGAUGGAAAACACACAAAUCAAGACACAUCCCACAAUCCUCCCCCUCCCCGAGGGCCCAGCGCGGGAAGGGACACCGUUCUCUUUGUCCCCAAAGCCAGCCAUUAAAUCCCCACACCAACUACCAGGGGUCUUCUUCCCAAGAGCCUCUGUGACUGGGAGUCUAUACUCGGGAAAAAGAGAACGUCCCUUUGUCCCCCAGGCACAAAAAAGCCCGUCCUCGUGAAAAGUCUCUUUGUCCCUUGGGCUUAUGAGAGCCCGCCAAAACUCGCCAGUGCCCACACCAAUCUCAGGGGUCUCCAUUCGUGACGUCCUGGUGUGAAACCCAGACAAGGGAAGCGUCUCCUUUCAGGGUACAAAUGCUCCCCCUGGAUGGCAUUCGUCUGUACAAAUGGCGGACACCCAGAGUAGCACUCAAUUACUUCACUUGCUGUUUCACAUUCUGGUUGCAAGUAAGAACGUUCUGAUUAAUUUUGAUCGAACGUUCUAAUGGGGCACUGGGGAAGUCCUUGUUCGGGAAACAAUCCACAAGCGCUGCUCCUGGCUGGCAUUUGUCUGUAUGAAUGGCAGCCACCCAGGGUAGCAGUCAUUAAUUAAUUCCCUUGCGGUUUCACACUUUGCUUCUAAGUGAGAACGUUCUGAUUAAUUGGUGUAAGCGUUCUAAUGGGGCCCAGGGGAGGUCCCCAUUCGAGAGGCGAAUUAAUAAUAUAAAGAAGGGCAAUUCACGGAGAGGCUGUGCUCCCACUGCAGAGGGAUUAAGGGGCCCUGCUCAAUGAGCUUACAUGUGAAAGGGACACUAGCUACUAAAACAACUUUUUAUUGAAGCAGUUUUGGUGUAUAGAUCAUGCCCCUGCACAGGGCCGUCUUUAACGCGGGGCAAACGGGGCAGCUGCCCCGGGCCCAGUUUCUCUUGGGGGGCCCGAGGCACCUGCCCCGUGGGCCCCGCUGACCCCGGCGGUCAGGCAGGAAGGCGGGCGCGCGAGGGAGCACUCACUGCUUCCUCUUCAGCUCCCUCGCGCACCGCGCGCCGGCAUCCCUAUGCGGUGCGCGAGGGAGCUGAAGAGGAAGCAGUGAGUGCUCCCUCGCGCGCGCGCCUUCCUGCCCGACCGGCCACCCACCCAGCAGCACCACUGGACCCCAGGGAAUCCCCCCAGCACUCCAAAAGGUAAGGAGGCUGGGGGGGAUUACAUUUUAAAAAAAAAAAAUGUGUGUUUGUGUAUGUGUGUGUUAGUGUGUGUUUGUGUUAGUGUAUGUGUUUGUGUAUGUUUGUGUGUUAGUGUUUGUGUGUGUGUUAGUGUAUCUGUGUGUUAGUGUAUGUGUGUGUUAGUGUAUGUGUGUGUGUGUCAGCAUGUCUGUGUGUGUGUCAGCAUGUCUGUGUGUGUGUGUCAGUAUGUCUGUCUGUGUGUCAGUAUAUAUGUGUGUAUAUAUCUGUGUGUGUCAGUAUGUCUGUUAGUGCAUGUGUAUGCAUGUGUCAGUAUAUCUGUCUGUGUGCCAGUAUGUCUGUGUGUGUGUGUGUCAGUAUAUCAGUCUGUGUGUGUCAGUGUAUGUGCCUGUGUGUGUGUGUCAGUAUUUCUCAGUGUAUGUGGGUGUCAGUAUAUCUGUCAGUGUGUGGGUGUCAGUAUUUCUGUCAGUGUAUGUGUGUCAGUAUGUUGAUCAGUGUAUGUGUCUGUGUGUGUGUGUCAGUAUGUCGGUAUAUGUGUCUGUGUGUCAGUAUGUCGGUAUAUGUGUCUGUGUGUCAGUAUGUCGGUAUAUGUGCCUGUGUCAGUAUGUCUGUCAGUACGUCUACCAGUGUAUGUGUCUGUGUGUGUGUCAAUAUAUGUACCUGUGUCAGUGUGUCUGUCAGUGUCUGUCAGUGUAUGUGCCUGUUUAUCUGUAUGUAGUCAGUGUAUGUAUCUGUGUAUCUGCUUGUGCGUCAGAGUGUGUACCUGUGCAUCUGAGCCGCAACUUUAAAUACAAAUACACCCCUCCAUUCAAACUUCAACACUACAUAUAAAACACACUCCUGCAUUGAAACGUCAACACUACAUACAAGCACACUCCUACAUUCAAAAACAAACACUACACAUAAAUGCACACUUGCAUUCAAACUCCAGUACCACAUACAAACACAUUCACACAAACAUACUCCAUACAAACACAUGCUUACAUUCAAACAUACUAACAUGGCUCAGUGCUAAAUACAACCCUGCAAGCAUGGGAAAUUGGUAGAGUCCCAGCUGUCAAAGCAUUGUUGGAGUUGCACGACAGAUGGGGUUCUACCUUUAGUCCAACCUUGCAAUUGGGGGUCCCAAUAAAAUUCAUUCUACUUUAGUACCGCCACUGCGUUGGGAUGGAUGCCGUGAUUGCAUACCAGGGAGUGAGGGGCGAGAGCGGCAGGGCACAGGGGCCCCAAGCAAACACUUGCCCAGGGUCCAUUCGUUAUUAAAGACGCCCCUGCCCCUGCAGUCUCACUGCUCAAUUUACUGCCAUUUAGGAGUUAAAUCUCUUAUUUUAUGCAGCACUAAUCACACCUUCCUGCAUGUGACUUCAGUCUUCCUAAACACUUCCUGUAAAGAGUCAUCUAAUGUUUAUACUUAUUUUAUUGCAAAUUCUAUUUAAUUUACUGUUUUUUACCUCCUGCUCUUUUAAUAGCUUGCUAGAUUCUGCAGGAUCCUCCUGUAUGUAAUUAAAGUUCAAUUUACAGAGCAGGAGAUAAAAACUUUUAGAGUAAGUUAAAUCUGAGUAAAAGUGAAACCAUUUUUUUUCAUGCAGGCUGUGUCAGUCACAGCCAGGAGAGGUAUGGCUAGGACUGUUUGGCAAUGGGCAAAACAAAAGUGAUUUAACUCCUAAAUGACAGAGAAUUGAGUAGUGACACUUCAGAGGCAUUAACUAUACACAAAAACUGUUUUAUUAAACUAAAGUUGUUUUGGUGACUCUAGUGUUCCUUUAACCCCUCAAUUGUCGCUCAAAUGGACAGGACAACAAUGUAAGCAAGAGUUGUGGACAGGUUGUAACAGAAACCUGGAGUGGUCAUAGUUCUUACAAUAUACAGUUAAAGCGAUGCGUACUGUUUUAAAGUUCCUGUAUGUUUUUAUGCACCUUGUUGGGCUAUGGUAACAUCUGCAGGACGUACUUGAAAACCGAAGUACCGGUAAUCUGAAUGUACCUUUCCUGGUUAAAUACCUUAUUAUUAUUAUUAUUAUUAUUAUUAUUAUUAUUAUUAUUAUCUCCACGGCAUUUGACAAACAUAUCAUAUUUUAAUAUACUAAUAUCUCAUAAACCCUAACUGAACAAAGGUUUAUAAGAUAUUGUAGACAACGAAUGCAGCUGUUGACUCACCACUGUCGGAGAGCUGCUACAUAUGAAGAGGUCAUGUCACCUGGCGGGAGGUCUUUCAAAAUUUUGCCCAGAUCUCAACAAUGAGAGAGCCAUUUAAAAAAGAAAUGCAACAUAAUGUUAAAGGGGAACUUCUGCCUCUCUGGAAUUUACACCACUAACUAAAAUAUUGAGAUCAAUAUUAAAAUAAAUAUUUUUGUCAUGAUAUGUUUAAUUUUCUUCUACAUUUAUAUUUAAGCAGCACUGUCACCCCCAUAAAAUCGCCUUAGGGUGCCUCCCCUUAAAUGUUUGGGGGUAUGUCCAGAGCUCCAUCUCAGCUGAUUGGUGGGAUCGCCACAAUACGGAAGUCCGGACUCAGGAGAUGGUAUAAAAUAAUCUUUUAUUGUAUGAGUAUGAAAGAUGAAAAAACAAAUGGGGUCGUACGCCUUUUGACUUGUAUACCGUAAUAAUUUCUCUGGGACCUAGUGAUAAAAAAACUAAUUAGUACAUAUAAAAUAUCCUAACAAAAGGACAAAAUAGCAGCAUAACCAUUUCCUCUCCAGUCCUUCCUUAUAUGUGGCUUUUAUCCAUUCCCAUUGGUGGUCCAGGGGGCGUCCUCCACGUUGUCCAGCUGUUUCAGGGAAUCCCAUUAUUGAUUUUCGCGGAUACAGCGUACCCGUAUAACGGCACUUCCGGGUGAAGUAUGCGUUCCAACUGGCAGCCAUUAUGCAUUUGCAAUACCUUGGGUUGUCUACUAUUGCAAAAUGGUAUGCCAUCAUAGGGGUAAUUUUCAUUCUUGGGCUACCAUAGGGUCUCAAAGGCAACGUAACCAAUCUGGCAAAUUUUUAUGUGAAAAAAAUGAAACAAAAGCCUUAUAUUUGACGCUGUAACUUUUGAAAACACCAUAAAACCUGUACAUGAGGGGUACUGUUGUACUCGGGAGACUUCGCUGAACACAAAUAUUUGUGUUUCAAAACAGUAUUUAUGUAUAUAGAUAUAUAUAUUAUUUCGUUCUACGUGUAUUUUGAUAUAAAUAUAUAUUAUAUAUAUAUAUAUAUAUAUAUAUAUAUUAAUAUCACAAUACACUUAGAACGAAAUAACACACAUCUAUAUACACAAAUAUUUGUGUUUCAAAACAGUAUUUAUGUAUAUAGAUAUAUAUAUAUUAUUUCGUUCUACGUAUAUUUUGAUAUAAAUAUAUAUAUAUAUAUAUAUAUAUAUAUAUAUUUUAAUAUCACCAUACACUUAGAACGAAAUAACACACAUCUAUAUAUUUUUUUAAUUAUUUAUUUUUAAUUUUAUUUUUUAACGUAUUUACAUAUUUUUUUAUAAAAUAUAUAUAUAUAUAUAUAUAUAUAUACAAUAAUUAUAUAUUUAAUCAGUAUCAGUCUACGUGUAAUUUUAUAAAAUAUAUAUAUAUAUAUAUAUAUAUAUAUAUAUAUAUGUGUGUGUGUGUGUGUGUGUGUGUGUGUAUAUGUGUAUAUAUAUAUAUAUAUAUAUAUAUAUAUAUAUAUAUAUAUAUAUAUAUAUAUAUAUAAUGUAUAUAAUAAGCAAAUAUGCUUGCGCUGGAUUGGGUGCCUGGUUCCAUAACUUGCCAAUAUAUAAUAGAAUAAAUUUCCAAACUGGAUAAAAUGAAGUAAUACGACUUUCACAUUAAGUCUGAAGUGAUUAAAAAGAUUAGUGAAAAGAUUAAUAUAUUGUCAUUUGUGAUAAUACAAGAUAUGUUACCUAUUGUACUGUUGUAUCAAUGUAACAAGUUACAGAUGUAUUAUGAUCUACAUUUUAUCCAUUAGUGAGGUGGUCACACUGCAAUGGCAUUCAAGUCUAAUUCCUCUAUUGAUACAAUAAAAAACAUAAUUGUUAGUUUUUUCGCUGUUAUUUAUCUCUUAAUUGCAUUAAGGCGAGUUUUGCGCAUGCGCUAUUUUACGCAUGCGCAUUGGCUUUGUGCCCGGUCUCCAUGUCAACUUAAUCUUGACGGAGGUUUAAUUGUUUGGCGCAUGCGCAUUAAUAACUUUUGUCUAGCGCGAUCAUGUGAUCGGUGUAACGGGACGUGCGUGUCACGUCAAAUGUAAUCAUGUGACUUGUUUCACACAGCUGAUCCGGAAAUGUAAGUGCUUUGGCGUUUCUAAUUGAUUUAAAUUGUUUAAUUUUAUUGAAGUAAAUCUUUUUUAAUUAGUAUCUAGUGAAAUUAUUAAUGAACUUCUUUAUUUGAUUGGUGGAGUUCCAUUGCAUGGUUUGACACCCCUAAUAUGUAAGACUCUUAUUGGAGAGAUGAUUAUGUUUUGACACUGUUUUCAUGAUUAUUGAGUGAUUAUGUAAUUAACUAAUUGUAACAUUUCACAUAUUUUUUCACUUGUUAAUUGUUGUAUAUACCUAUAUAUUGCAUACAAGUUAUGUGUUUCAGUAGCUUGACAAAGGCCCUAAGGGGUCGAAACGUUGUUUGUUGGUGUUUGGGUCUAAUAAAAUUGCCUAUCUGUUGGAAUACCUUGGAGUGCCUGGAUUCUUUUCUACAUUUAUAAUUUAUUUAUAUUGGCGCAGUGUUAUUGUACAUUUAGAGUAUUACACUAUUGUACUGUUUUUCUUUCUGUAGACUGUCAGCUAUACUCCUCUGCUAUCCAUAUAUACAAUAUGGCUCCUAACAUUUUUAGCUGGCUCCUUGAUUCAAAGCAAAUUUGCCCAGCCCUGUACUAUGGGAAGAAGACAGGCUGGCGCAGUCAGUGUUAUGCUCUGGUCAAUAUUCUGCUGGGAAACCUUGGGUCCUGGCAUUCAUAUGUGACAGUACUUUGACAUAUGCCACCUACCUAGAGAUUGUUGUAGAUCACCUACACCUUGUUAUGGUAAUGUUGUUCCCUUAAGGCAGGGGCCUGUUUCAGCAGUAUAAUGCACCCUGCCACACUGCAAAAAUUGUUCAGGAAUGGCUUAAGAAACAUGACAAAGAGUUCAAGAGUGUUGCUUUGGCCUUCUAAUUCCCCAGAUCUCAAUCUAAUUGAGCAUCUGUGGGAUGUGCUGAAAUAACAAAUCUGACCCAUGGAAGCCCCACCUCGCAAUUUACGGGACUUUAAGUAUCUGCUGUUAAUGUCUCGUUGCCAGAUACCACAGGACACGUUCAGAUGUCUUGUGGCGUCCAUGCCUCAAUGCAUGACAGCUGUUUUGUCAGCACGAGGGGGACCUACAGCGCUGCAUUUAGCGCAAGGCUGAAAAGGCACUUUCGGGGGGGGCGGCAAAAAAAAGCUGACCCCCCAAACGCCCUAGCAAAUGCAUUGCCAGCCCCUUGCUCUGGGGAUUAGAGAGCUGGCUGGCAUGUACUCAUGUAGGAGGCGGGCGGCGAGGGAGCUCUCUCCUGAGCUCUUCCUGCUCAGCUCACUUGCGCGCACUGCCGUGAUGCCGGAGCCGGAAUAUGACGUCACUCUGGCAUCACUGAGAGGUACAGGAGGAUCGGUGCUCCCUCGCCGCAUGCCUCUACUGCUCACCUUGUGACCGCCUGCCGAGCUGCAGCCAGCCCCACUGGACCACGGAAAAAUCCACCAAAAUGUAAGCAAAAAUAAAAAUUGUGAGUGUGUUAGUGUAUGCGUGUGUCAAUGUGUGUCUGUCAGUGAAUCUGUGUGUCUGCCACUGAGUGUAUAUAUGUCUGUCAGUGAGUAUAUGUGUGACACUGAGUGUGUGUCUGUCAGUGAGUGUGUCUGUCAGUUAGUGUAUAUGUGAAUGUGUGUAACUGUGAGUGUGUAUGUUUCAGUGAAAGUGUGUGUUGGUUAAACAGUGUAUCUGUAAGUGAGUGUAUGUCAUUGCAUGCAUCAGUGAGGGUGUGUGUCUGUCAGAAAGAUAAAUUUCGAAGGGGGGGGGGGGGGGGUAGAGGAGUGUCUUAGUUUUGUCAUGCCUAGGGCAGAACAAAACCAUUAUACACCACUGGGGACUUACAUGAUAUUAGGUAGGUGGUUUUAAUGUUGUGGCUAAUCCGUGUAAAAUUUAAGCUAUCUUAUAAGUUUUAACCUAUCAUUUUAUAUAGAGCAAGUCCCUAAUGUCUCUUGCAAGUAGGCUUAAAAACGAAAUCCUGAUGUAGCAAUUGUCCACGUUUUCUUAUUAUAUAUAUAUUUUUUUCACUUUGUCUUUUAUUCAAACCAGAUCACACAAAGAAGCAAACAUGGAGUCCAUGCUGAAUAAGCUGAAAAGCACAGUCACCAAGGUAACAGCAGAUGUUACAAGUGCUGUGAUGGGAAAUCCUGUUACUCGGGAAUUCGAUGUGGGGAAACAUAUAGCCAGUGGAGGCAAUGGGCUUGCAUGGAAAAUAUUCAAUGGUUUUAAAAAGUCCACUAAACAGGUAUGCUAUCUUUUUCCCCUAAUUCUGAUUUUAAUAGGUUUUCUACAUGCAGUGAAUUUGUUUCUUGAUCCCCAGAGAAAUGCUGGCGCAAGGUAGGAUACUUGCGCACCAGAUUUGUAGUUUAUAAAUGUAUACAUAUAGUUUCAAUUGGAAAUUCAAGUACAGUAUAGUGGUGAUUGCUAUACUGAUAGAUUAGUCCACACUGAUUGCACAUUAUAGAUUACUCCAAUAUUCCUUUUUCUGGAAGAAAGUUUUAGGACACAAAAAGCCUCUUCAAAUGGUUACUCCAACCACCAUGACCACUUCAUUGAUUUUAAGUAGUCAUGGUGGUAGGAAUAUAUAUGUGCAUUGUUUCAGCUUGAAAGACCGUACAUACUGAGUUAUUUUUAAAUGAGUGCUGAGGGCUAGUUACGCCACAAGCACACGGCUUGUUUUUUAUUUGAGAGUGGGGAACCAACAAGGCAUUAUACAGUGAAAAACACAGCAUGAAGAAUAGGGUUUGAGAAACCCUUUUAUAUCUCAGACCUUUUAUAAAUACAUAUCCCCCACCCUAGUAUUAGCAACAAUACAGUUCUCCUUACAUUAUCAGACUUAAGGUUUGAUGAAUAUUUGUGGAGCAAAGGGAUCUAAGGCUCUUGUUCUUUUCCUGGACCUAUCACAUAAACCGCUUACCAGCAGAGAUUUGUGGGAUAUGUAGUUAAGUAUCUAGCUGCAGAUCCAUUCGUCACAUAUUUUGAAUGGAACCAAUUCCUCAACUGAUGGCACUUGAUGCAGUUUUGUGAAAGCAUUAUUAUUGGCAAGUGCUGUUUUGUGUUUGCCAGAAUUGUUUUUACCGCAUGAGAUUAGAGGCAGUGCCCGGGCCCAUGCAUUUUCCAGAGCCCAAAAGUAGUUCUCCUGGGUAGGAUUGGGUGUGUUUUGAGUAUUGCGAGUCGUAGGUAAAGAAAUAAAAGAUUGCAUUUGAAAGGCAAAGGGGAAUGUCUCAGAAGAAAGAUAUGGAUAUAGAAUGAGGAUUCUUGGUGAUCCUGAAAAAGAUAUGAAGUUGGGUGUGACAUUAUAAGGGCAAUUCUUCUGUGUGAGGAUGUGAGACAUGUGUAGCGUGGGGGUCCCACAGGUCGUGACUUGCCUAGGGCCCCUUGAAAACUGAAGAUGAUGCUGGUCUGCACAACACCUCUCUAAAUAUUGUCUAGUUUCUACAUCAUGUCAAGACAUUAGCUGAGCCACCCUGAAAAGUAAAAGUACUGUCCUUUGACUAAUGGAUUACAAUACUUAUUAAACUACCGGUUUCCAUGUGUCUAUCUUAUCUGUGCAUAAUGCAGUCCAUGCUUCUUUGUGGGUGUUUAAAGCUUGGAUGGGACCCUCUGUCCUAUAUGCUGAUAAGUGUGAAGUUAAGAUGUUCACAUGAUGGUUCCUUGGACACUUUGUAAAAAGAACAUUUAGAAGCUGAAAAUCAUGGUUGUUAUUUUUAAAAGAAACAAAGUUCUAAAUGUGGAUAAAAUACCAUAGAAACCGAUGGAACCUUCUUAUGGUUGUUCUGCUUUUAGAAUAAUUUUUUAAUGUAUUUGCUUCCUUCUUAACAUCAUCUAGAGCAGUGACUAACACCCUCUUUUUGUUUCCCUUCCCAGGAAGUGGCUGUAUUUGUCUUUGACAAAAAGAUAAUUGACAAAUAUCAGAAAUAUGAAAAGGAUCAGAUUAUUGAUUCUCUCAAGCGUGGAGUUCAGCAGUUAACACGGCUCCGACAUCCUAGGUUACUUACAGUACAGCAUCCACUGGAAGAGUCCAGGUAUGUCAGUGUAUUGUGUUCUUGUGACUUCAUCGCACAGUUAGGUGAUGGGUUUUUUUUAAAUUUUUUUUUUUAAUUUGGGGCAGAAGUAACAAUUUAUGGACUAUAGCUAUCCUUCUUUCCAUCUCCUUUGGCAUAAAUAAAGUUAAUUAAUAUUUACUCACCUCCUUUCCAGCGCUGAGACUUCUCUGCUGAACCCGUCCUCUCAACCUUUGAAGAUGACAGCAUGCCUGCUAAUGUCUUCUGUGAUCUAAACUCAAUCCAUUGCUUCUCAUCUCUUAUAUCAUAUCCAUUGUGUCUCCAAUCACUCACUGCCAUCAGCAGCAUUUGAGUCCAAGACAAUGUUUCUCUCAAUUCGGGAAGAAUAAACGCCUCUAGUGGCAGUCAGGAAGACAGCCACCAGAGGUGGAUUUAACGCUUCAGUGUAAACGUUACAGAACUGCGAUAUUUUACAUUGCAGGGUUAAAAUGACAGGACCAUUGCAUCCAGACCACUUCAUUGAAAUGUUAUACGGUCUGGGUGACUUUAGUUGUCCUUUUAUUACAAAAACAACAUUUUUGUGAGAGGUCAACUGCAGAUGACCGUUCCACAUCAGACAGCUGAAGUAUAGUUAGCAUUGAUGCCCUUUGCUCUGGCCUGCAUCUUGUCAGUGUGAAGUGUCAUACAUCUUCAAAUACAUUUUGCUCUGCACAAGCUACCCAGUGAUUUAAUUAUUUGAUCCAUUGCAUUUCAGGUGAAUACACAUUUGCAUUGUACCAGUUUUACAAUGUAUUGAUACAGCCUCUUAUUGUACUAUUUGAACUGAAAAUAUAGCUGACUUUAUACUCUACUAGUAGUUUUCCAAUUCAACUAUUUCUCCCUAAAAUAUGAAAUUCACUGUCAAUAUUAUAAAAUAUGAAAUUCACUGAUUAUUCACAAGUUUUUAAUAACCUUGUUCGCUUUCUAGAUGUUUAUUUUAUUUUUUAAUUUAAGAUGUGGAAAAACUGCCAAAUGUCUGCUUAACAUGCAAUGUAAUUAAGUUGUCUAAAUACCAUCUAAUAACCCUCAAGCUAUCCUUCUAACUAGAUACCUCUGUUUAUAUUGGCUAAUGUGUUACUUGCUUGUUCCGUACAGGGAUUGUCUUGCAUUUUGCACAGAACCAAUAUUUGCAAGUUUAGCCAAUGUCCUUGGGAGCUGGGACAACCUCCCAUCUCCAAUUCCUCCAGACAUCAGGGAUCAUAAGCUGUAUGACGUAGAGACAAAAUAUGGUUUGCUGCAGGUAAGCGUCUUGUUUACUCUUCAUAACCAGUAAAAUCUCAUGUGAUUAUACCAUAUAAGGGCUUUCACUGACUGAGACAAGGGCAUAUCCAAUGUAUACUUUUCGGGAGAUCGCACACAUUAUUUAUAGAGCUUGAUUUAACUUCAGCCUGUAGAGCAUACUGUCUUUUGGUUGUUGAUCGAAAACUCCCAGGAUGUCUACCCAGCUUUUGACAUAACCAUCUAAGUUCAGCUUGCUUCUCAUCCCUGCUCUACGCUGCUACAGCUCCUUUUAAAUAAUACGUGUGUGUGUGUGUGUGUGUGUGUGUGUGUGUGUGUGUGUGUGUGGGUAUGUAUGUAUGUAUGUGUAUAUAUAUAUAAAAAAUUUCCCUUGUUUUCUGUUAUUAGAAAAGCUGAAUUUUUUUGUUCUUAUUAAUAGUUUAUAAUCCUCUUACACAUUCUACUGUCAGUGAAAGAUUUCAUGCAAAGUAAAUUUACUUUGAAUAUUAUUAUUGGUCCAGUCAUAACUAAUGCAUUUUAAGCUGUGGACACCUGUCUUAUCCCUGGUUAUUAUCUGUCCCAGAGGAGUAGUACAAACUGCGUGCAAAUCCAUUCGGUAUUCAUCCAGCCUGCUGUGCCUGAGAGCUUUGCUGUGUAAUAUUAGUCUUAUGUAAACAACGUUUUGAUUAAAGGACCACUAUAGGCACCCAGACCACUUCAGCUUAAUGAAGUGGUCUGGGUGCCAGGUCCAGCUAGGGUUAACCCUUUUUUUCUAUAAACAUAGCAGUUUCAGAGAAACUGCUAUGUUUAUAUUAGGGUUAAUCCAGCCUCUAGUGGCUGUCUCAUUGACAGCCGCUAGAGGCGCUUGCGUGCUUCUCACUGUGAUUUGCAUGCUCAUUCAGCCGAGGAGGAGGAGAGGAGGCAGAUAGGAGGAGGAGAGCUCCCUGCCCGGUGCUGGAGAAAGAGGUAAGUUUAACCCCUUCCACAUUCUAGAGCCCGGCAGGAGGGGGAGGGUGGACAGUAGGUCCCCCCCCUCAUUAUCGGGAGGGGGACCCUGAGGGUGAGGGCACCCUCAGGGCACUAUAGUGCCAGGAAAACAAAUGUUUUCCUGGCACUAUAGUGGUCCUUUAAGGUAUGAGCAGGCCUCCAAUAUAAUUAAAGCGGCACUGUCAUGCCGAAUCCUGUUUUUUGUUUUUUUUUUAACCCCCCUCCGGCCUCCACUGUCUCUAAUUGACCCCCUAGUCACCCUCAAAUGCCCCUAAGCCACCCCCAUAUUACCUAAUUGUAAUCUUUAUUUUCUGCACCGAUCUAUAUUCAGGGCGCCGCCAUCUUUGUGUGGGUAGAGGAAGUCCCUGUGGGACACGUCAUCUGCCCACACUAGACAGACUGUGGCUGCUCACUGUAAAAACAAAACUAUUGGUCCCCACCCCUAAACGACGGGUGGGGGCCCUAAAGUAAAAUAAGGGGGGAGACCUAUUGUGUCCCCCCCGGCCCCCACCCCUGCGCGGCGGGUGGGGGCCAUAUUGAUAAUGAGGGGGGAGGGACCUACUGUCCUCCCCCACCACCCCCCCGCACACCUGGGUGGCGGGUGGGGGCCAUUAUGAUAAUGAAGGGGGGGGGGACCAGGGGUGGGGGCAGUAGGUCCCCCCCCAUUAUGACCCCCACACACCGCGCAGAGGUGGGGGCCGGGGGGGGGACAUUAGGUCUCCCCCCCUUAUUUUACUUUAGGGCCCCCACCCGUCGUUUAGGGGUGGGGGCCAAUAGUUUUUUUUUUUUUUUUUUACAGUGAGCAGCCACAGGCAGAUCAUUUACUAAUACUAAGUAAUCUUUUAGUAGAUAACUCCCUGAUACCGUGGGAAUUAGGGAGUUAUCUACUAAGCGGCUGCAAGAUGCAGCCACAGCAAGAAUAGGAUCGGAGUUUCAUUCAUUCGAAUGAAAUUCCGAUCCGAACAAAGUGCCGAAUUGAGUUCUAAAAGAAAUGAACAUACUGUUCUCAUUCAGUUAGAACGCAAUUCGGCAGUUUCGUGUAAAAUGACAGGAAGCAUCGCGGGAACAGGGAGGAAAGGUAAGAAUUAUGGGAAAAUUGCUCUGACCAGCGGAAAUGAAGCACACUUUGCUCCUCUGCUGGUCAGAGCUGGUCAAGCGGAGGAAUCCUCCAUAAGGCAAAGAGUCCCUACUUUGUCUUAUGACUUUAACGAAAACUAAAGAAGACAGGAAGAAAAGAAGAACAGAUCCUGAGAGAGGGGGAGAAGAGGAAGAAAUUGAGGAAAGGUAAGUUCUGCAUGACAGUGCCGCUUUAAAUAUGUUUUCUGCCUCACCAGCCAUUGUAAAGCUGUGUAGUUAUGUAUGCUGCUCGUUGUAACAUUGUCUUGAGAACAUUUUCAGGACAUCCCAGCUUUAGCUCAAGUUGGUUACUCAAACUAGACACCCAGCUGAGUAAAAUGUUAAUGAAACAUUUUGGCCAAAUUUUGUGAACUAAAUUUCUCAAGAUGUGGCUACAUUUCCUAUAUAUACACAGUGACUUUCACAUGUACACAAUCUCUGACUAGAGUGGUGAUGGCCACCAUGGGCAGCCCAGAGCUUUGUGAAGUACAUUUUCCAUGAUGCUCAGCUAGCCCUUUGACUGGCUGAGCAUCUUGGAAAUUUUUUUGGACUUCUCUACUGGGAGGCUGAGUGAAUGGAAAUGUCUCUGUAUAUUUAUAUUUGUGUGUGUUUCUCUGUAUGUCUAGCACUAAGUGUAUGUGUGUUUGUGUUUGGCUUUUUUGAUAUUCAUUCCUGCUCCCACCACAACGAACAUUUAGCCGAUAGUUUUUUCCAGCUUGAAUAACUCCUUCCAUGAGCAGUUUAUUAGUAGUGAAUCAUUUCUGAAUGUUCUAUUUGCCAUUUGCGUGGAGUUUGUGGUAAAAUUCUAUUUUCAUAGCAGGUUAAGUGUGUUUUAACAUAAUAUUAUUAUACAAUCUAAAGCUCUGUAUCUCCCUGCAGGUUUCUGAAGGACUGUCGUUUUUGCACAGCAGUGUUAAGAUGAUUCAUGCAAAUCUUACACCGGAAAAUAUAAUUUUAAAUAAAAGUGGAGCAUGGAAAAUAAUGGGCUUUGAUUUUUGCAAUCCAUCGCUAAAUCCAAGCGAACAAGAGGUAAUUUAGAUUGGUUACCUCAUGGUUUGUGUUUAUAUCAAUAUUAUAUUACAUUCCUUUUCUUGUCUCCUUCGUAUUUACAGCACCAAAAUUGUUAUUAAAGGGUCACUCUUACAUUGAAAAUAUGUGCUUCUUUUUGAUGUUAUUGCAUAUUACAGCUCCCCUUUGAUUAAAAAAAAACACAAACCUCACUUGUAAUCCAAACUUACUUGUACUCACUGGAACCCGAUCUGCCCAUGUUGAGGUCAUCAGUCCUGAUAAAGAAGCAGUGAGGAUCUACGGUGCGUUUUUGGCAGUCUCUGAGAUCUAUCAAUCCAAUGCUUCUUAUAGAGGAUAUGUGUUAAUCCAGAAAGAGAAGACCUUUGUAAAUCGAGAGUCUUAAAGAGGCUCCGUCACCAUUUGGGGUCUUUGAAUAAUUUGCAAUGAGGGUGUCAUUGCCACUGGAUGUCUGGUGGACAUGGUGGGCAGAGGAAGGUAGGUUAUACUUACCUGGACUUGUCCCUUGCUGGUGCCGCCAUCAUCUUCCUCCUCUUCUGCUCCUGGCGUUUCAGUUGCCAGAAGCCCACGUCCAUUCUGUACCCGAGCAUGCUGGAGAGUAUAACACUGAUGUCUAAUGACGAUCCCAUGAAACCACAGGAGCCUCCAUAGGUAUUAUCUAGCGACAGCUGGAGGAAGUGAUGAAACUUGAUAGCGGUAAGUAUAUCUUUUGACUGGGUUGGUAUUCCAGUGAAAUACCGACACUGUCAAUAUGAUAUUUCAUCUUCAGGAAAUACUCAUUUUUGAUAUGGGGGUGACAGAGCCACUUUGCUACUAAUUUGCGCUAUAUAUUCUUAACUUAGCUACACAAAUAAAAUUGUCUCCAAGAUGUAGCUCUGUAGCAUCCGGUUAAAUUUUUUUUUUUUUUUUUUUUAAUAAUACUCAUUCCGCUUCUGGCCAGACAUCAACCUUAUUGAGGCCCAUGGGCACUAGCUGUUAAGCUGUUGCUCUGUACUCCGUCUCUCACUGUAAUUUAUGGUUGACCUGCGUUGCAAUAUUUAAAGUGACUCUUUUAUCUUCUGUGGUCUUUGCAUAUUUUGCAUAGACGCCCGAUGGUGACAUCAUUGCUUGGGGUGCAGCCAUAGUGCGGUACAUCUACCUAAUGCUGUCUCCCACAUGAGCCACCAUAAUCUUUCAUCCGCCAGGUGCCCACGUCCGAGCUGUACUCUCACAUGUACGAGAGUAUGGCACUGAGGUUUGUGGAUUCUACGAAACCGCGGGAGCCUCCAUAGAUUCAUUUUUGAUGGGUUAUCUGUGAAAGUGUGAUACAUGUAUAUUUUUUGUUUACUAAACCAUGAACUUACCACUUUUCCUGCUGUGCUUUGUUCGCUCUAAAUUCCCUUAUCAAUUCUCCUCCCUUCCCUUCUAAGGGGUUAAACACUUUUGUGUGUACUAGCGAAGAGUGCGUAUAUUUUUAUUUAUUUAUUUAAUGGGAAUUUUUUUUUUUUUAAAGGUGCUGUACUUUAGGAAUUAGACCAUUAUUAUGCUAAAACAAUGUUUUAUUUUUUGUUUUUCUUCUUACAGCCCAAGUUUGUAUGUAAAGAAUGGGAUCCUAACCUACCACCAUUGUGUCUGCCGAAUCCAGAAUACUUGGCCCCUGAAUACAUAUUGUCAGUGAGCUGUGACCCAGCCAGUGAUAUGUACUCCCUUGGUGUGAUUAUCCACGCAGUUUUUAACAAGGGGAAAACUAUCUUUGAAGUAAACAAGCACGAUAUUUAUAAAAGCUUCAGUAGACAACUAGACCAGGUAGAUUAUAUUGAUAACUAAUUUUCAGUCUUCAUGCAUUGUGACUCUUCCUCCUGCUUAAAUAGGAAUUGUUGUGUUCUGUGUAUGGAAGUAAACAUCCUGUUUAGAAUUUGUACUUAUGGUUAAUAACAAAUUAAAUGUUCUCUCUUGAAAUAUACAGUAUGCUUUUGUAACACAAAUGGGAACAUUUUAAAAGGAAUGUUCUAAAAGUGGAGAGAUCACAUUGGAAACAAAUGGAAUCGACAGACACUUUCCUUUUGAUUUUAAUGGUAUUUACUCCAGUGUUAGCACCUAAACCCACUUUUCUGUUUACUUUUAUGGAGAUUGAUUGGGGGGAUGGGGGGGAACUGUUUUAGGUUAACAAGGCUUCUCAUUUCAUACAUCGCAUGUAGUCUAAGUGAAAAGUGUGUUCAUUUAUUUUAAUAAAAGGAAAGAUUCUGUAAUUGCCAUGUUUAAAACUGUAGUUCAUUUACACUCCUUUGUGAUUUAAAAAUAAAUAAAUUGUGUUCCGUUAAGCAUUAAUGGUUGUUGGUCAGCUUUUAUUUAGGUCUCAUUCGUGAUAGGUGUAAGGUGUUUUUGAGAUUUAUCCAUAUCAUGUGAAAAUGUAAAUAAAAUCUUAUUUGUGGUCAGGGAAGAAGGCCGUAUUUAUGCGGACCUAAAACCUCUAAACAACAGUAAAAUAUACUAAGUCGGUUGUGGUGUGCCGAAACCGACGUACGGGUUGGCCUGUAAAUAAAGAGGGCCAACCAAUUAAUUGAUUCUUUUGUGGUGUGGUGGGUGGGGCAACCGGAAGUGACCAAGCGUUGUCAGCAAGGUAUGGAGGUAAGUAGUGAGUUUAUAUAGGCCGGUUGCAACCCCUCCCACAACUCCAGGCUCCGCCUUCCCAUUUGUGGUCAGUGAAGAAGGCCGUAUUUAUGCGGACCUAAAACCUCUAAACAACAGUAAAAUAUACUAAGUCGGUUGUGGUGUGCCGAAACCGACGUACGGGUUGGCCUGUAAAUAAAGAGGGCAAAAAGAGAAAUAGCAUUUCACACUUUAAUACGUAUACAAGCACAUUAUUAUCCGCACUUAUUUAGCCAAUUGUUUAAAAGCUUGUCUCAACUCUUUCUCAGGUUGAGGUAUGUAACGAUGGUACGCCGAAGAUUUCCAACGUCCUAGCUUUUUAAUGAUGUGAACUGGUAUGUUUUGACUGGAGGCUGAUGUAGCAGCCCCGAUGCGAAAGGAGUGGCCUGUAUAUGCCGCGGGAUCGUACCCAAUUCUUGUGAAUAGUAAUCUCACGUAUUUAAUGAAUUUCGAGGUCGUCAGGGGUUGACUGUGUAUUGCGAGCAGAGGAGCUUGUUUGGGUUGAUUAACCAUACCGGCCAUGUAUUUGUCAAAUAGUAGUACGGGACACCAAUGAUUGCCGGUCGGGUAAAAUUGAAUGUCGAGUGGCGGACCCAUUUGAUUGGUUUUUGAAUGUUUUACUGACAAGGUGUAGUGAUCACCUAUUUUGUUUAAGUCUGAUACACACAGCAUAUUCCCCUUAUUGUUGACGUUACUUAAAGUGAGCUCGUUGGGCCGCAUAAACCCAUAAAAUGCCAGGUAUAUGGCUGUCUUGAGUGUGUUAUUAGUGGGAUUAUCGAAAGGUUUGGUAUCUAACAUGUCAGACAAUGCCCUGAAUUUCUCAGCAUCGAUUGGUAGUCGUGUAGUAGGUUUUGGGUUUUCUAGGCGUUGGAUGCCUUUUAGCAUGUUUUUAAUGGGGUGUGCUGACAGGAAGUUUUUUAUGCUGGGAUAUGUGUUGCUUACGUGAUGUUGUACUCCAGUUAAAUAGAGUUUUAUGGUAUUGUGUGCCAGUUUUAAGUUGAGAUGGCAAAAAGAGGUGAAUGCCACCAUAGUAUCUAACCUAUAAGGAUUCGUGAUGAGGUAUUCUGUCACAAAUUUAUUGAACAAUAUUAAGGCUCGAUUGUAAGUGCGUCUAGUGUUUGGUGAAAGUGAGGCCUCUGCUAGUGCUCUCCCGUGUGCCAUGAGUAGUUUUAGUCCAGGAUGAGGUCUUUGAACUGCGGAGCCUUGUUUGGCUGUUCUUCUGCUGUUGGGUGUAGCUGUCUGAAAACCUGUAAUUUUGAACGGGAUAGUGCGUCAGCUGCUGAGUUGUGGUGACCUGGCACGUGUAUGCAAGUCAGGAAAAAUUUUUGUGUAGCUGCCAACCAUGUGAGUCUCCUGACCAGGCUCAUAAUUGUUAGUGAAGAAGACCUGCCUUUGUUCAGAAUCUCGCAAGCUGCCAUGUUAUCAGUGUAGCAUUUGACAGCUUUCCCUCCCCAUAAGUGGCCCCAGACUUUAGCUGCUGCCACUAUGGGGUAGAUCUCAAACAGUGCCGACGUUUUUGUGAACCCAGGUAAACCUAAUGCUUCACUAGGCCACGCGUCCCUGAACCACCUGUUUUCGAAAAUGGCUGCAAAACCUGUGUGACCUGCCGCAUCCGUCCAUAACACCGGGGAGUUUAAUGUCAAUGGUGGUAUAAACAAGUUUCUCCCAUUCCAUUCUGAGAGGAAAUGGUACCACAUAGUCAGGUCUGCCCUAGCCUGAAUGUCCAGAGUAACCCUGCUGUCGUCGUUGGGUAACAAACUAAGUAGGCGUGAUAUGAAGGCUCGUCCCUGUGGUAUAACUCUCAUGGCGAAGUUCAUUGAACCCAGGAGUGAUUGAAGAUCCCUCCUAGACGUUACACCUUUGUCCAGGAAUGACUCAACCUCUACCCGGAUUCUCUGAACUUUGUCCGCUGGCAGGCUAGCUUUCAUGGUAGUUGAGUCUAAUUCGAUACCUAGGAAGGUUAGUUUGGUGGUGGGGCCCACUGUCUUGUUCUCGGCCACUGGUACCCCUAAAGUUUUAAAUAAUGCGACUGUCUUGUUGAUGCUGUGUGGUAUUGUGUCAGGUUUCUCUACUGUUAGAAAGUCGUCCAGAUAGUGUAUGACCACUGGGCAACAGCAGAUAUUUAACAGUAGCCAACACAGCGUCUCAGCAAAAAUAUCAAACAAUUUGGGGCUACUUUUGGCCCCAAAUGUCAGCCGGUUGGCAAAGUAGUAUAAACCUUUCCACCUUACCCCAUGUAGAUGCCAUAGAGAGGGGUGCAAAGGAAGCAGCUUGAAAGCAUUUGAAAUAUCGGUUUUCCCGAGCCAAGCUGCUACCCCUGCUUCCAGUAUGGCCUGUAUGGCAUUAUCUACUGUGGCAUACUGUAAAGAGAACUCCGGCGAUGGUAUAAGUGAAUUUAGGCUUGGUGUGGUGCUGGAAUGAGGGGCUGACAAAUCAAUGAUUAAUCGUGCUUUAUUGUUGUAUUUGCCCCAUGCAAUUCCUAUCGGACUGGUUCUCCAACAAGUGAAUGGUGGCCGUGUGAAUGGCCCUAACAUGAAACCAUUCCCUACUUCAGUUUGCAACAGGAUGUCUACUGUUGCUGGGUCAGUAGUGGCAGAUUGUAAAUUCCUGCACUCAAUCGUUCCUGAUGGUAGUGCCACCAACCCCGUGUGAAACCCCUCUGUGAAACCAGUGAUAAGAAAUUGUACUAAGUCCCUGGAUGGGUGUGAACUGAGGUAAAAGGCUAGUGUGUCGAUAUUGACUUCCGUCAGUCAUUUCUUGGGGAACAGUCGGUUAGGACACAUCGUCUUAGCAUGGGCUCUAUGGCAGAAGGUGCAGACAUGUAACAACCUGCAAGCGCUGAAGCUGCAACCGCCUGCGUUAAAGUUGUUACAAAUCUGCGCCUUCCCCAGGAAAACUAUUGGCCUACCUAAUUUGUCUUUAAAUGUCCUCUGUUCGAUGCUACUGGUGCUAGGGACUGCGUAGCUGGUAGUAGGAAGACUUGGUUCAUUUGGGCACAAAUUGGUAGUGUGGGUGUUUGAUGAACAAAUUGCGCAAGAAGGUGGUAUAAGGCCGGCAAAAUGGCGGCAGAAAAGUUCGGUAUCUAAGUGCCUCCAAUCGGUUCUUAUGUUGAAUUGUACCAAAGCUGCCGCUGCUUUUGCCGAAAAUGAUUUGUGGUAAUCAAAGAACGUAUGGCCACCGUACUUGUGUCCCAGGUCUACCAAUUUGUGCAAAUACAAAUCAAGUUCUUCUCUACGAUGGGGAAAAGUGGUGCAUACAACGUCUCUAUAUAUGCCAAAAGCCAAGACGAACUCUGGUAUGGUUAAUUUUUACUUAGUCUGGGGUCUCUAGCUUUCAUCACUACUGACAAGUCCCCAUAAUUAUAGGUCUUAUUGUCUACUACGUCUUGGGACGCUAUCAGUAGGGAAAUGAGGUUGACGUCUUUCCCCUCUAAAAUAUCUUUCCUAAUGUUGGGAGGUACCAAGUGUGCUGGCGUGACAAUGUGAGUAGUAAGGUUUUGUGAGAUUGGAGCUCCUGUCACAUUACCCUGUGCGGCUAUGUGUUCAAUCUCAGGUGUAAGACUGAUAUCAGGUGCCACGAUAAUUGGCUCAGGAGCUUCUAGCCUGUCCAUUCUCUGGCUGAUGUUACUAAUAGACGCCAGGAUAGAUGUCAUGGUGGCUUGCAGGCCUGCUAUGGUCUCGUUCAUAUUUCCUUGUGAGCUGGUCCCUGGUUGCGGGGUGUCGUUGGUUGUCAUCAUGAUCCUAUAUAGUUCGGCUUUCCUAGCCGUGGCCGGAUAUGGUACACCCCUACGUCUGAGUUCUGCAGCGAUUUUUGGAAUUGUCCAUGACCUCAUGGAACACGGGCUAUCUAGGUUUUCGGCUAUAGUUGGGCCCGAUGGAGGGGUGUGUGGUCUGGCUGGCGUACAGGGAAGGGAGACGUCUUCUCCUAUGUCGGAGGCGUGAGACAUCCUAUAUAAACGACAAAGGGUUUGACGUGACUUAUAAGUAAGUUGUCGUAGAUAACGAGGUAGCUGACGUAUUGUUGAUAGCCGUUGGACCGUAUAGGGGCUCAACUAUGCGUUGGACGUAUGACUGUGCCACCGAAGUGUUGUGGCUGGAAGGUGCCUUAUUAACCCUAUGACCGUGAACUCGGCAUGCUUGGUGAGGUCCUACUUAUAUUUGGUUGAGUAUUGUGAAUUUACCUAUGAGUUAAACCGAAGGUGAAUACCUUUGUGACGAGCAUAAUUAGGAAGUAUCUCGUGGAAAAUAGAAUAUAUAUUUAACAUUUAUAUAGAUAUUCCUUCCACCACUAUUUCCAGUGUCUAUUAUUGUGUCGUAGGUAUGACUUAUAGAUGAAUACGUACCUGAUGAUUAGGUCUUUAUGUUACGUCUGUAGCUGUAUGUGUUAGGUAUGCUUGGCCUAAGAUGAGAAUAAUAAAAGUAAACCACCCGAAUAGGUGUCCCCCUCCCCUAACCAAUAAUAUAAUUUUUUUUUUUUUUAUUACCUGUACCAGGACCGUAAGUGUAUCUUAUUAUUUAAAUUCCUCAGAAUUAGUGUGUGGUCUACUUCUCUGGCGAGUUUGUUUUGACCAGCGUUGGUCUUGAUGACCUUUAACCUACGAGGGUAAGACGUAAUAAGAUACCCAUAUUGGUUUGAAGUAUAUCUAAUGUUAGUACUAUGUUCUAGUACCAAGCAGACUUGCGCAAGUGCCUCCUUAUUUCCCUAAUGAACGUACCGUAUGUUACCGGCACUCCCUUGUGCUGUGUAGUUCUUGUGUUGAAAAUUAGAACAGACCCACCUGCAAGGAUAUGAUAAUACAAUUCACCUUAUUGUAUCCACCUUAGUACCUAUUUCCACACGCCGUAUAUAUGAAACAAUGGUACCCUUCCCUUCCCCCUUAAUUGUUACUACCACCGAAAUUAUACGUGAUUUAUGUCUAUUUAGUUACCUAUAGUUGUGAACAGACCGCUAUAAACGUAUACGCCCGCCUACUAGUUUAUUUAUAUGCUCUGUCAAAUAUUCUCUUAACCGAUUUAUUAAAGAAAAUAUUAUUGUGGAUAUUCCUUAAAUAUUUAAUGACUUAGCCCGUAUUGGUGAUGAAGUUACCCGACUUAUACAGUUAUAAUGUUAUGCUUUAAUACAUAUACACAGAAAUCAUACUUCGUUUUAAACUGUUGCAUACAUAGAGUGCAAUACGUUAAAUUCGCCUGUAGGUGGCAGUGUUACUGUGAGAGUAGGAAGGGGAGAAAGAAAAGAAAAAACAGAGUGUUGUAACGUAUAGUAAUUCGUGUUUGUCAUUCGUGUGUUAUGGAAGCCAUAUUCAUGCAUUUAGACCUGGUUGGAUUCGUGUGUUUAGAACCGAAUGUAAAGCGUUCGCGGAAUUUUAAGACCUAUUCGUAUGUGUUCCCCUUUCCCUCGUCUGUUGGAUUCGUGUAAUUACUGUUCGCCCAGACGUGUCGAAUGUUGUAUUUAGUUCAUGAGUUUGAGCGUUCGUAUGCCCGUACUCACGAUUACCGGUCCCUUGACCCCGGAAGUGCGACCCGGCGCUCCGGAAGUUCUUGGUGGCGUGUGCAGUCGGCGAGCCCGCCGUGAACGAGGGUAUCUGCUACCGCCGAGCCUGAUUAACGGAAGGUGAUCCUGCUGCUGUGAAGGCUGAUGACCUGGUGUAGUUGAUUCCCGCCGUCUGGACGGAACCGGAAGUGACCAAGCGUUGUCAGCAAGGUAUGGAGGUAAGUAGUGAGUUUAUAUAGGCCGGUUGCAACCCCUCCCACAACUCCAGGCUCCGCCUUCCCAUAUGUUAAGUUUUUUCAGGGCAAAUCCUAAAAUUUAGUACACGUACUCUGGAUUAUGAAUUUUGAUUUAAAACCUCUCCCAUCUUGCAACCCUUGGGAUUCUUAAUUUUCUACAAAUUCUACUUUGUCAAAUACGUUUUAUGGAAUAUCUACUAAGAUAUUAUAUUCUCAUGUCCAAAGGAAUGCUUCCUAACAUUAACCAAUGUAUGUGUAUGUAAAAGAUUCAAUAUGUAUACCGCACAAGUUAUUUCGAGUUACAUUAUUGGUCCGCAAACUGGGGCAGUCACUUUUCCAACUGCUCGUAGGCAAUAAUGUAGGCUAUGUGUAAAGUGCUCCAUGCAUAAAAUUAGGCGCUUAAAAUAUAAAUGUACGAAAUGCCAAUCUAAAAGCCGCUACAACACUGAUGUGGAAAUCUCUCCUAUCCACCAAAUCUUAAAUAUUGUGCAAAUAAGGGAAUUGAAAGGUGACAUCCACCCAUCAAUCCCUUAAGUGGAGCGCUGUAAGAAUACAGGGGUAUAGUUAAUCCAGUAUACAUAUAUGGAAGAGAAAAAAGUCUAAUGGUGAAGUAUGUAUAGUACUUGAAAUAAUAUGUAGAAUUGUAUAAAAAACAAACCCACAAGUGAAGAGCCAAGUAUAGAACAGCACCCACACAUACACAGCACCCACACACACAGCACCCUCACAAACACACACAGCACACUAACCGUACCCUCACAAACACACACACAGCACACUACCAGUACCCUCACACACAGUACAUUAACAGCACCCUCACACAAAAACAGCACCCUCACAAGCGCGCACACACAAACACCCUCACCCACAUAGCACACUAACAGGACCCUCGCACAGCACACACACAUCAGUGUAUGUGUGUAUACAUACAUACAUAUAUAUAUAUAUAUAUAUAUAUACGCGGCGUGUGCUUGUGCUUUAGGGUGCACGCCGUAAUGCAAUAGGCUGUGCACGUCUAUGAAUGUAGGUAAGGUGGAAACAUAGUUUUACCCCAUUGAUGGGCUAAAUAAAUGUUACCUAGUCCUUUGUUUGGCCUUUAGUAUUGUACAGCAAAAUUUCUCUCUGUCUAUGUGUGUCCUUCUUUCUCUUCCAUCCAUUUUGUGUGUCUCCCCUUCUGCCAGUCCUCUCCCUGUGUCUCUCUCCCUUGCCUCUCUUUCAUUCUCUUUUAUUCACAGUUUAAUAAAUAUCCCUGAUUAAGUCAAAUUAUUUAAUUGUUAUCGUUUUGCUUUCUCUUUUAUUGCACCGUGCUUAGCUGUAAGGAAUUAUUGUGUUUCCCUCCUAUUGUUUUAUGCAAACAUCUUUCCUAUGUCCCACUAUUUCAAAAUCUAAACAUUUUUUGUACAUCACACACUAAUAUUUUCUCUUUAUUUUAAAAUAAUAAGCAUGAUACUCGCGGUCUUUAGAAUUUUAUUCGCGGUCUUUAGAAUUUCUCUGUAAUGCUUUACUUAGAGAUGGUAGCAGCCAUGCUGAAUCACUGUUUUCAUGCGUUAAUGAAACCUCUGCUUGAGAUAUAAUUCUUUUUCGAAUUACGCACUUACCUUACCAGUAGGUUAACAUUGUUUAGUUUAUUUGCUGCUUACGUAAUUAAUUCCCCCUGCCAUCUUAUUGUUAUUUUUUUUGCAGUUAAGUCGAUUAAACCCUAAUGUCUUGGCAAACAUUCCCGAAGAAGUACAAGAACAUUUAAAACUUCUCUUGAACGUGACACCUGCUGUUAGACCUGAUGCCGAUCAGAUGACAAAGGUAUAUCUGAGCAAUGCAUUGAAAUCUUAUUUGUGACCAGAUAGUGUAUCUAACACAUAAUGUCCACUAGUCGACAACAUGACGCAGUUGUAUUUUAAUCCAAGUGUAAAGAGUUUUCCUUGCCAGAAUAUUUAAUCGAAAUAGAGCAAUUUCAAUUCUUCAGAGGAUUCACUAAAUAUGGUUCAUGGUUACAAAAAAUAUUUAUAGGAUAUAUAAAUUUGACCCACUUCUUUUCUCUACCACUUGGGCUAAUGAGGAAGCAUUAGCCAUAGCAGGAAUGGGUGAUUUAAUGAGUGUCACCGCCCCAUUGCUGGUAUGAAUUGGUAUCGCUAAAGAAGUGUUAGCUCUGACUAAGCCAUACCUCCAGCUGGGGGCCAGGCUGUGGUUGCAGGGAUCCUCAUUCAAUGUUAAACCGUUCAAAAAUGGUUUAACAUUGAAGUGAUGGUGCCAGGGAACUCCAUUCAGUAUAACAAAUUCCAUUAGAUGAAAUUGUUAUAGUUCCUAAAGUGUUUUUUUAAUUUGCAAUAAAGCUUGAGUGAAUCUAUAUACUGAUGAAUCAUAUAUUUUUCAUACUAAAAACCCACAAUUCUAAAUUGACAAUUCUAAUUGUAUGUAUUUUAGUAAUCUCUAGUCACUAGACUUUUUGGUUUUCGUCUUGCAGAUUCCUUUUUUUGAUGAUGUCGGGGCUAUGACGCUGCAGUAUUUUGAUUCCCUUUUUCAACGAGACAAUCUCCAGAAAUCUCAGUUUUUUAAAGGGCUACCAAAAGUUCUACCAAAACUCCCAAAGGUUUGUAAGCACUAAUGGUUGAGCACAGUCAAAGCAACUACAAUGUAUAUCCCUGAGUUGUUAAAAUAAAAUUAACAUUAAGUCGUUUUGAUUUGUAACAAUGCAAAUGUCUUCAGACAUUGCAUUCCGUGCCUACAUAUGCCACCAUAGAAUACAUUUAGCCAAACUAUAAGUAAAUAAAAUUAAAUGGACUAUGUUAGGCUGGAAGUGAUAUGAUAAAGAUUAGAGGUUUCCAAAAGCUAGAUCUCCAGAUGUUUUAUAACAAUUGCAUGAUGCUUUGCCAUUCAACAUCUGGAGAUCUGUUUUCUAUAUAUAUUGUAUCACAGGCAGGCCAAACUUUUCCCAUGAUGCUUUUUGUAAAGUCAAAUUCAACUUGCCUUGCCAGCAAUGUUUCCCAAAGUGCCGUCUACAGAGUAAACACAUGAUCGCUAAAAUCUCACAAAUUUUGGUAAAUUAUGGAUUUGGUGCUGGCAGGUUAUAGAAAAAGUAAAACAUGGUCACACACAUUCUAAAAUCAUCAAAUUUGUCAGACACAUUAAAUGGCUUCUUUAAAAAAAAUGUAAAGAAAAAAAAAUAAUCCAGAUCCGAGUAAAGAUAGUGAGCAAUAGCUUCCUCUAUGAAAGCUAGCCCAUUGGCAAACUGAAUAGUUUUUCUACUUACCCUGACAGUGAAAAGCUAGCCCUGUGGCAUAAGAACAUUCUACUCCCUCUGACCAUGAAAGAAUAUGUCCCAAUCUAGAGGGCCACUUUAAGCAUCAUAACUCCUACAGCAUAUUGUAGUGCUUAUCAUACAAGGGUUUAUGGGUGCCUUCUUGUCUUGUUUUUGUCAGACCACUUUUGCGCAGUUUGGCAAAAAAGAUUCCUCUGCUGCUACUCAAAUCGCAUGACCAUUUCAGUUCUGCUUUAUUCAUUGAAAGGCACCCAGUCUUUGACAGCAAUGAUAUACUCAGAACCCUGGGCUAACCCAUUAUCUAUUUUUGCUCUCCACGGUCUGAUAUCUUUGUAUAAAUAUGAAUUUGAACUUUGGUAUUAUCUGUGCAGAAAAGGGGACAGAAGGACGGGCUUUGGGUGACAGGAAAGCCUUAUUUUCUUUUCUUUUUUGCAAAUGGUGUGAAAACGGUUUGACAGUUAAACAGGGGACAGAACCUAAAGACCCUGCAUCAUAACCACUACAACAUUUUGUAGUAGUAGUUAUUGUGCUUAGAAGUCCCAUUUAAGUACUAGUCCUUUUUUUAUUUUUUAUGAUUAUAUUAUCUGCCUUUAAGCCAUAUGUUGGCCGCAUGAUGUCGGAAUUGAUCUAUGUUGCUUGUGUUUUUAGCGUGUUGUUGUGCAGCGGAUUUUACCAUCAUUGACGUCUGAAUUUGUAAACCCUGAUAUGGUGCCAUUUGUCCUUCCCAAUGUUCUCCUGAUUGCGGAGGAGUGCACGAAAGAGGAGUAUGUGAUGCUUAUUCUACCUGAUCUGGGACCUGUAUUCCGGCAGCAAGAACCUGUGCAGGUUUGUUUUCUUGUGAUUCAAGACUUUUUCAGUGCUUAUCCAAUCUGUUAUACAUGAUCAGUUCUGCUACUACUUUCCUGUUAAAGAACAGAAAAUGUUAGUGAAGACAGGGUUUACGUCAAGAUUAAAACAUUAAGACAGAGGUAAUAUUUACCCUCUUGGGCAAUAUUAAAACGAUAUUGCGAAUUGUUCAGAAUGUAAUAUAUAUAUAUAUUACUUCAGACCUGAGGAAGAGAGGGAACUCUCAAAAGCUUACCUUUGAAAUAUUAUGUUAGUCCAAUAAAAAAGGUAUCAUUGCAUACUGCAAUACUUUAUUUUUGAGAUAUAUAUAUAUAUAUAUAUAUAUAUAUAUAUAUACAUACAUACACUCCCCCCACCAAGAAGAUGCUGACAUGCUGACAUGCUGACAUGUUUUUUUGUUUUUUUUUUAACUGUUUGUAUAUGCUGGCAAAAAACAAUUUAAUAAACGUUCUUUCAGCUUACCCACAGCUAAGCAGCAAAAUUAGAGAGCCCUUUCUAGACUGGGAAGAUACUCCACUAAUCAGGAGCCUCUCAUUUGAGAAUGUGAUCUGAUCCUAUCCCAAAAGCCCCUGUUUAGUAGGGGGAUUUUAAAUGGGCAGUUCAGCUAAUAAAUCUGAUAUGCAUUUAGCAGGCAUACCCUGACUGCAAUCAUAUUGAUUAGAGAGUUCACUGAGGUCAUUGAAUGUCACAAGCAUAACCACAUCUAUAGCUGUCUGUACAGGGAACAUAGGAAACUGCACCAGAUUUGAAACCUCGUUGCUAAAUCUUUGCAAUAAUGGCUACAGAUACCAACCACUCUCAUAUUAGUGACUUGUGUGGCAAGUAGUGACCGUUAGUAGGAGUUAGCCAGUAAAACAUAGGGACAGGGUUUGAACAAGAACCAUUGGAAGUGGAUCCAUUUCCAUUGGAAUUAUAGAGAUUUAGCUGUCGUUAAUCUCUUCACACCAGACGGUAAGUUUAUUCCAUCUUUCACAUCACCAGGAAAAGGAGCAGGUUUAUAGCUGCUUUUCUUUGCAGCUCUAUGCAAGGAGACCGAGACAGGGGACCUCCUUGUAUUCCUAUGCGAUGAGCAUAACUUGUUAUAAUACUUUGAGUGGCUAAUUAAUAGCCAGGACACUUGUUUUCUUGCUUAAUGUUUCUGAAUUAUAAAAUCUUUAUUUGAAACACUGGUUGUGUUUUUAAUGUCCUUACUCUUUUUUUAAUUUCAUGCAUUCAGGCUAGCAACAUGGUGAGUGUGAUUGUACUUUCCUACAGUGUUGAUGUUUUUACAUUUGUUUUUAAAUCAUUUGAAAUGUUGUGCAUAAUGCUUAAUUACGUGACAUCCUUCACUUUCAGAUUCUUUUAAUAUUUUUGCAAAAAAUGGAUCUUCUUCUCACCAAGACCCCACCAGAUGAUAUCAAGAAUUCCGUAUUACCUAUGGUUUACAGGGCUCUGGAGGCCCCAUCAAUUCAGAUCCAGGUAUGACAUUCUCUAUUUAUAUCGUUUGUGCUAAUAACAGUAUCACACUUAUAUUAAUGAAGACAUUUUUUAUAUGAAUUAAUAUAUUAAACUUAAUUUUUUUUCAAUGUUUCCAAAUACAUUUGGUAAUGUUUAUGGAGCAGAAGUAAAAGCUACUAUCAUAAUCGUGACAAACAUUUAUAAUUUCUUUAAAUGUUAACCUAUCCAGGUGUUAAUGUUCCUAAUACAUGGAUAGUUUUGUACUCUUUAUAUUUCUUUCACAGUUUAGGUGAAAUAAUCUGCUUGCUACAUAAUGGCACAGGUUAACAAUUGUUACAGAAGACAUGAAUCCCUCUCACUAGGACCCUGUACUAACUUAAACCUACAGUUUGAUUGCAUGCACACAAUAAGUAGGUUACAUUGCAAGUAUGAAUUGUGAAGAGUUGACAAGAGAAUUACAAAUGUUAAUCCAAACUAACCCAGAUGGAAAAUUACCAGAGUUGGCCAACUUUAUUAAUAAUACUAUUUUGGCCUAAAAUGUUCUCUUCCCUAGCAUGCCAUCCUUUAUGGAAAGAUUUUGUUAACAUCCACUUGAUCUUUUGUUCGGUACACUCAAGGGGCCUAGCUUCCAGCACAUAUUUUAAAAAUGGCAUACUACACUUGUUAAAUUAUUCUUUAUCUACUGUUCUCUGAUCCCGGAGAUCUCCUUUACAAUCUCUCCCUUCACUGUAUUGUGUAACUUACCUUACUGCGGGUGGAGGGACACACCAUGGGCUGGCUAGGUGAUGACACUUUUUAUGUACUGAAUUAACAUUAGCAGCUUCAUAACUCUAAUACCACGCUGCUAAUGACACCUCCAGAGGUGGACUAAAAUAGUUGGAGGAUUCUUUUCAGCUAACUUGACUUUAUCUUUGCUGUUCCUAUGACAAGAUGUAAAUGUAACCUGUUUGUUUGAUUGACCAAAUACCAUUAGAUUUGGAUUGAUAUGAUGAGAAUUGCAACAAACAUGUCUGAAAAUUUUUAUAGUGUUUUUAAUUUUUGUUUACAUUUUGCUAUAACCAUUGGAUGUCUUCUAACAUACAAAACUAUGGUUCAAUUGUUUUAGGAGCUGUGCCUAAACAUAAUCCCCACAUUUGCAAACCUGAUAGAUUAUCCAUCCAUGAAAAACUCUUUGAUACCAAGGAUUAAGAAUGCUUGUUUGCAAACAUCAUCUCUCGCUGUAAGUAUGUGUGUUUUAUUUUUUAUUUAUGUUUUUGAAUGUGCGUCUUUACCCCUCUCUCUCCCUUUAACCCCUUAAGGACCAAACUUCCAAAUGUCACACAUGUCAUGUGUCCUUAAGGGGUUAAAAGCCAUGUAAUCAUGUUACCAUGAUGCUUUUAAUGGAUUGUCUAGUUAAAAACUUACCUUGUAAUUUUUUAUUGCGUUAUACAGAAAAUGUAUUUAAAAUAUUGCUGCAAUAUUUCAGAGAUUAAAAGAAAAGUUACUUACCUGCAGUGUCCCUCAAUGCAAUGCUUCCCACACCAGAAUGAGACAUUCCAAUCUCUAAUUUUAGUCUAUGGGGAAUGAUCUAAUCCCAUAAAACUCUGUCCAGCAGCGUGGGGGAUAACCAGUUAUAUGAGAAUUAGCAUUUUUUUUUCCUCUUCAGCAGUUCAGUUAUCACAUAGGAUGAUUAGAGCUGCAUUAAAAACUUUCAAUUUAUACACAGACCAGAUCACUAGUGAAUUCGGCUGUCUUUUGGUUUUGGCAGAACUUUGAACCACUAAUGCAAGGAGGGAAGAGGGAGAGAGGGUGCACUAAGCAUUGUGUACUUAGCGCAUGGUGUAUAUUCUCCCUUUUUAAAGUGAACCUAUUAUCCAUUAAAUGUGACAAUGCAGUGUCCAAACAGUGACUGCACAUUGGAAGGGUGGGUGGGGGGUUUAGUUUUGUUGCACACCUCCUGCCUGGUUAAGUGUGAAAACUAUACUAAAACUAAAACUAUACAUUUCCUUUCAUUUUCACUUCUACUACAGAAAUAAAUAGUAAAAAUUAAACCAUGUGACAAAUUCAAAACUAUAUAUAAUUCCAAACUGAUGUCUACAAAGUAGAAAAUCAAAUGUUUACAUGCAAAUAAAACAAACUAUUUGUAAGUUAAGUAUAGGGUUUUGAAAACUAGUAUUAUUUAGGUUGCCUUUGGAAGAAAUUAUUUAGUGUCGAAUUACAUAAUGUUGUGAAUUUCUCAAGUGACAGAAACUGAGUAUUUUGAAUUGUGACCUUUUUGUGCUUAUCCUUAAAAUAAUUUUAAAUAACUUGUUCCUGUUCAAUAGGUACGGGUAAACUCAUUGGUAUGCUUAGGAAAGAUUUUGGAAUAUCUAGACAAGUGGUAUGUUCUAGAUGAGCUUCUGCCCUUUUUGCAACAGAUUCCAUCCAGAGAACCUGCAGUCCUUAUGGGAAUUUUAGGUAUAAGAUCUUUUAAUUUGUUAUCAAUGCAAAUAAUGUUUUCCGUUUACUUUUGUUUACCUCACUACCAACAAAACUGCAGAGUGAGUGAAUGAGAGAGGGAGAGCUGGUAUGAGUACGAGUGCAUGCAGUGGUUACAGCUGAUGAAGUUUAAAGAUGGAUACCCACAGACCCCCUUAUUUCAGUCCCAUGUGCCAGUGUCCCCUUAAAGGGACACUAUAGGCACCCAGACUACUUCAGCUAAUUGAAGUGUCCUGGAUGCUGUGCCCCUGUCAGUUUAACCCUGCAAUUAUAUUUAUUGAAGUUAUUGAUAAACUGCAAUAAUUACCUUGCAGGGAUAACUCCACAUCUAGUGGUUGUUCACCAGACAGCCAUUUGAGGCGCUUCUGUGACAUUAGGUGACUUUUGGCCGCCUAACUGACGCUAAACAUCCUCACGCUAAAACCCCAUAGCAUUGAUUUAAUGUCAUCCUAUUGGGUUGCCCUAAUGUCUAACACGCUCACCACACAAGUGCAUUAGGCCCUCCCUCUGAUGCUGCCCAUGACAGCCCUAGAAGACAUGACAAUAUGCAGGUCUGCCUUUUAAAUCGUCCUGCCCAUUGCAUAAUGUCAGAAAUCUUGCUAAAGCAGACUUAAGGACAACUGUCAUCUAAUUUUUUUUUAUUUUUUUUUAAACGCUUAUUAAAUUUAUUGAAACUUAAAGGGACACUAUAGUCACCAAAACAACUUUAACGUAAUGAAGCAGUUUUAGUGUAUAGGUAAUGACUCUGCAGUCUUAUUUCUCAAUUCUCUGCCAUUUAUGAGUUAAAUCACUUUGUUUAAUGCAGCCAUAGCCACACAUCCCCUAGCUGUGACUCACUCAGCCUACAGGGGAAAUAAAAAUGGUUUCACAUUCAAUCAGAUGUUAACUUACUUUUAUCUCCCACCCUGUGAAAUUGAAGGUUAAUCACACACGAGGUUCCUGCAGGGUAUAGCAAGGGAGGGAGGUUAUCCUAGGGCUUUAUAAACAGAAACAUAAGUGGUUUAAGUCCUAAAUGCAGAGAAUUGAGCAACGAGGCUGCAGGGGCAUGAUCUAUACACCAAAACCGCUUCAUUAACCUGAAGUUGUUUUGGUGAUUAUAGUGUCCCUUUAAUAAUAUAUACAUUUUUUAAAUAAUGUAUAUUGAUUUUUUUUUAAAGAAAUUACAAACUAUGCUCAUCCUAAAUUGCCUGUUCCUGUUGAUGUCUCUUUAUAUAUUAUACACACAUAUGUGUACCUACCUUGCAUGAACAUCAUGUGUUUUUGCAAAAACAAACUACCGUAGUUUUAUUUCUAUUCUAAGGUAUAUUUAUUUCAUUUGACAGGUAUAUACAAGUGCACAUUUACUCAUAAAAAGCUUGGUGUUACCAAAGAGCAACUGGCUGGAAAAGUGUUGCCUCACUUAAUCCCACUUAGUAUUGAUAAUAACCUUAACCUCAACCAGGUAAGCACACUUCUUUACAGACCAUGUUUUUAUAAUAUUAAAUCUGGUUAGGAUGAAAUGCCUGUAUAGUUUUACCAUAUAUUUAUGAAAGAGGUGUCACUGUCGUUUUUGUAUUCAUCUUUUCAGCCACAUUCAUUACAACUGUGUAGUUUUUAAAUGACCAAAUGAUAUAGAUUAAUAACUGGGUUUGUUAUUGGUGGUCAACUUUAAUAGUGAUUGCGCUGUGUUUUGCUUUGUUCUCAAAUUCCGUAGAGUCUCCAUAAGGUAAAAGAGUUAUCCAAACAUUGGCUCCUUUUUGGGAUCAGUUUAUAUCAUCUUAAUAAUGGCACAAAUGGAGCUAAAAUGAGCUUGAGAAUUCAGCAGAAGAGUUAUUAGUUGUCCAUUCUUAGUAUUCGCUUGUUUGGAAAGGGUUGGUAGGUCUGAAAGCUUACUCCCAAGACUAGUUCUAAGUAUCUGUGUAUGCUGCUUGUUAGAGAUUCACAGACUGCAUCUCCCCUGUAUUCCUGGCUCAGAGAUAAAGAGUGCAUUGUGCCCAUAUUGAUAAAGCUUUGAAAAUUACAAUUAUGCCAUGUUUUUUCUCUAUAACAGCGACUGCUAGUGUUGUUGGUGUCAUGGAAGUUGUUGUGGAUACACAGCCAGCCUAAAAAUAUAUUCCAGUGACCAAUGUUAAUUUAGCUUUGCAGUAUAGCGUUAAAAAUACUUUAGUCUUCUCUAAUAUACAGUGGACAGCGCUUUGUUUUAGUUUAUUUUAACUUCAUUAAAUGUGCGACACCUCUAAUAGAUGCAUACAGUUAAGUUCCUAAUUAAGGUGUUGGCAAUGGUGCGAGAAGUUUUAUAUAUUAAUCUGUAAUUACAUGUAUUACUCUUUAAGUGCUGUUAGUUAUUCACCAAAGCAGGGCUGUUUGAGAAUUGACUAAGGAUUUGCAAAUUGUAGGCCUAGAAAUACAGCUUGUUCAUUUGGAGAAUUUUUCCAACACCGUUUUUUGGGGCGUAGAAUUUGUACUUCCCGUUUCAGUUCAGUUCAACUCCUAGUUUAUUGAAUAUUAUUAACAGUAAUUUCUCAAUCUAUUGUCUGUUAUCUUUCCAUACCCAGGCCUGCGUUUUAUAUUAUCAGGCUUAAACCGUGCAACAGAAAUGCAUUGAAUGAUAUAUUUAUUUAUUUUUUUAUAGUUUAAUUCCUUCAUGUCCGUGAUUAAAGAGAUGUUGAACAAGUUAGAGGCAGAACAUAAAACAAAACUGGAGCAACUUCAUAUCAUGCAAGAACAGCAAAAGUGAGUAGAUUAGCAGGGGUUUAUUUGUUUAAUAAAAGAUUGUGGUUGUAAAUAUACAAUUGACUUAUCUGUGAACAUGUUUUUGAUAUGUAGUAGAGUGUUGUGUUGAUUGUACAAAUUGUGUACUUGUGUUAGUGUUUUUAGAUGGCUCAGCAUUUUUAUAUUCCUUCUAUAUUAGAACCUUACCUAUAAUGUGACUGGCUUUAAGCACUGCUUCCCAGUACACCCCGCUUCCUCUUUCAUAUGAUCUCACUUCCUGCACAUUAAUGAUGUUAGAAAGGCCGGUCUCCUAUACAGUAGCGAUCAGUUGAGCAAUUUUAGCCAUUCUUACCCCCGUUAUUUAUUUAGUUGUCCGUAGAGAGUGAAUGGCUAUAGCAGGUUCCACACAUCCAUUUUGCAAUGAAAUAAAACAUGUAUCUGUAAGACACAAAUGGGAAAGUAUCAUGGAUAAAGAAAUUAUCAUUUUAAGCAGGAUCAAGAUUAAGGUUCUCCUACAAAAAGUUGAAAGGGGUGAACAAAGCAAGUUAUUCUCUUCUCUUUCAUAUUUUAUAUUUGAUGUAGCUUAAUUUACUUGCACAUUACAUAUUGAUUGCAAAUAAUGAAGUACAUACAAUAAAAAUAUCAAUUUUCUGAAGUUAAAUUAUUUAAGGGUUUUUAAAUUAUAUUUGUUUUAUCUUCCAGGUCAUUGGAUGUAACAAAUCAACUACAACUCUCUUCAGAGCAGGCAAAUAAAAUGAGCAGUCAGGUAAUUAACGAAGCAUAGAUCUAGUGUAAUUGUCACAUUGCUAGGUAGAGGGGUUGAGACUUAAUAUAUUUAUAGUAGCUGUUGCAUUGCAUGCUAGCUAUUUAUCUUUUACAAUGGAGAUGGAGGAUACAUGCACUGGUGAUCUUUUGUAAAUGUCCAAAAAUGAGACUUUGGCAUAAAAUGUAACUUGCUAGGUGCACUAUAUCGCCUCCUUUUUUUUCAAAUUUGUUUGUGUACAUUGUCUAAGAAGCAAUGUUUGACACGUUUGAGCUAGAGUGGGUUUUUUUUUUUGGUUCUUUACCUCUUUUAUUGGUUGUGUUGGUUAGAACAAUCCAUGUUUGGGUACAUAUACAUUGAAGAUCUGCGUGUACCAGGCAGACAAUCCCCGCCCUAUGUACUGCCGCUGAAAUCUGCAUAUUUGAUACAAAUACAAAAGCAGCAUUCUGAACCAAUCUCUUUAUAUAUACAUGCCAGAGGAAGAGCCAUUUUCUCGAUUCCCUCCUCCCCUCCUCACUCAUUUAUGUGGAAAGCCAUUAUCACAAAAACAAGUUCAUCAAACGUUCGCUCACAGUAGUACCAAAUCAUCCAGUAUAUUAAAUUAGUAUUUUAUUAUGUUUGUAUGUGCAAUAUACAUAGUUUUCAAUGUAUGGAGAAAAGAGAGUGUAUAUAGGGCUCUCAUUAAUAACAGUAAUCUGGGACACAAAGAGUAAAAACAUACAGAGUGCAGUAACUGUGUUAAUCCUACGAAUACACAUGUGAAGCUUUAUAGGUGUUAUGUCAUCUGGGUGACUAAUGGCUCGACGGCCAAAUAGUGCCUGUCAAAUUGCUCCUGAUGAUAUUGCUAAAUAGACAGCAGGGUAAUUGGGGAAUUAUAUUGACUGAGGUCUAUGACCUGGGUACGGGUUGUUGCCCCUUGGCAGCGUUCCCUCAAGUCUUGUGGGGCCUUUGUUUGUUGUCUCCUUGCCCACCAGUGUCUCGUGGUGGCGUUGUGGCUACUACUUGUGUGUGGGCUGACAGACCCAAGUGCUUUAUGAAUUUUCAUCCAGUAUUGUAAUAUAGCUUGAGAAGCUGAAGAGAUUAAGAGAAGAUAGGAGGGAGAUAGACAAGUGGGAAAAAGAAGAAGAGAGAAGGAGUGAGACACACUAUCCCUGUUUAGCGGGUCAUGGCCAUUAGACUAGGAUAACCCUAAACCAGCUAGUUGUUAAUUGCGUAGACUUUUUACCCUACUUCUGAGGCGGAUUCCAAGAACAUGGGGAAUACAGAUUUGCUUGUCUUGGAACAUAAAGAGGCCAACUGUGGUGGACUACCUUUUUUUUAAAACCUAUAUAGUUACCCAAAGUUCACUUUCCUGAUCCCACAUGUGUCCCCAAUCAUUGAGUGACUAAAGGUUUUAAGGGAUGACUUCCUAAACCAGUAACCUUAAAACUGUAAAUUGGUGCACAGAUCUUCACUCACUAAGCUGCACCUGCACUUCUGUAGAUACACUACUUCAGGGGUAAUGCGGACCACGUCAUAUUUUUUUUUUUUUUUUUUUUUGGUUUUGUGCGUGAGAAAGAGAAAUGAAUAUAUACAAAUCCAACAUAAACAAUCUAUGUAUAUCAGCAAAGUUAAUGUAUCAAUCAAAAAGCACUGGUAACAACAUUAGUUUUUUUUUCUUUCGAUUACCAGUAACUAAAGAAACAAUGGUGAGUCAUAAACCCUCUUUCUCAUUUAAAGAAUUGUAAGAUAAAAAAACAUAUACCAAAAACCGUUCUGAUUCCAAAAAGUAUCAGCAAAAACUUGAUACUAAAAGAUUAGCUUAAAUAAAAUAAAAAGACUGCAUACCCAACAACAAUAAAAUGAAUACAAGAUGGAAUAAGACCAAAAAAAAACCAGUGAUUAUAAAACAAACAAAAACUUACCCUCUGUCCAGGAUUGAGAGAACAGGAGCCUUCUUGCCAUUUAUCUCAUAAUAUCCUCACAUUAAGGCAUUCUUUAAGACAAUAUAACUGCACUUUGAAGGGGCAUUCGUUUAUCACCUGGUGCUAACCUCCAGGAGCUGAAGCUUGGUAUAUGGGCAGUGGGCAAAGAGUGAGAAAAUCUGCUUUUUGUUUUAUAGUUUUAUUUUUCUAAACUCCUGUUUCCAGGACCAAUAGAUGUGUAAUAGAUUAAAAAAUAUAUAUCACUAUAUUACACGUAACCCUCUAAUAACUGAAUGUACAAUGUACUCUGAGCAGUUAUUUGAUUAUUAUAUUUUCUUUAACAGCCAGACAAAGUGUUUAGUGACAUGGGACAAGAUUUUCUGACGGGGUUACCUGAUAAACAAGAAAAUGGACGAGUUCCCAAACCUCAAGCAAAGGUAAGUACCCAUAGCCUAAUGGUUUAUACGGAGUCUAAUAUGUUUAAUGUUUAAUAUAGCUAUUGUUUCCGUUUUUAUUUUCUUAUAAUUGUUAGACACUAGAUUUUAAAAUGAAUCCGUAAUCCACAUUUGCAGGUGUUAUUUGCACACCAAGCACCUAUUGAUACCAAGUAAUGUAAUUUAAAUGUAUCCAUUUACAACUUUAACUACCCCUGUAAAAGUUUCUUAGGUUGUUCUCAUGGAUAUUUUGGUUUCUUAAGACUGUAUUGGUAGUAACUACGCCUUUUUUUUGGUUUUGUAACUAUUCAUUCUCCGUACACAUGGAAUUUUCAUUUUUCCUGUGUGCAAUAAUUACACAUAAAACAUUACAGAUAAAAUGCAUAUGAUGGUGCUUUUUUGUUGUUGUCUUUUUAAACAUAUUUAUGUUAUUGAUAUUAUCAUGUUUAAGUGUUACUAGCUCUGCAGUAAAUACUAUCCAGUGUAAUCUACAGGGAGUGCAGAAUUAUUAGGCAAAUGAGUAUUUUGACCACAUCAUCCUCUUUAUGCAUGUUGUCUUACUCCAAGCUGUAUAGGCUCGAAAGCCUACUACCAAUUAAGCAUAUUAGGUGAUGUGCAUCUCUGUAAUGAGAAGGGUGUGGUCUAAUGACAUCAACACCCUAUAUCAGGUGUGCAUAAUUAUUAGGCAACUUCCUUUCCUUUGGCAAAAUGGGUCAAAAGAAGGACUUGACAGGCUCAGAAAAGUCAAAAAUAGUGAGAUAUCUUGCAGAGGGAUGCAGCACUCUUAAAAUUGCAAAGCUUCUGAAGCGUGAUCAUCGAACAAUCAAGCGUUUCAUUCAAAAUAGUCAACAGGGUCGCAAGAAGCGUGUGGAAAAACCAAGGCGCAAAAUAACUGCCCAUGAACUGAGAAAAGUCAAGCGUGCAGCUGCCACGAUGCCACUUGCCACCAGUUUGGCCAUAUUUCAGAGCUGCAACAUCACUGGAGUGCCCAAAAGCACAAGGUGUGCAAUACUCAGAGACAUGGCCAAGGUAAGAAAGGCUGAAAGACGACCACCACUGAACAAGACACACAAGCUGAAACGUCAAGACUGGGCCAAGAAAUAUCUCAAGACUGAUUUUUCUAAGGUUUUAUGGACUGAUGAAAUGAGAGUGAGUCUUGAUGGGCCAGAUGGAUGGGCCCGUGGCUGGAUUGGUAAAGGGCAGAGAGCUCCAGUCCGACUCAGACGCCAGCAAGGUGGAGGUGGAGUACUGGUUUGGGCUGGUAUCAUCAAAGAUGAGCUUGUGGGGCCUUUUCGGGUUGAGGAUGGAGUCAAGCUCAACUCCCAGUCCUACUGCCAGUUCCUGGAAGACACCUUCUUCAAGCAGUGGUACAGGAAGAAGUCUGCAUCCUUCAAGAAAAACAUGAUUUUCAUGCAGGACAAUGCUCCAUCACACGCGUCCAAGUACUCCACAGCGUGGCUGGCAAGAAAGGGUAUAAAAGAAGAAAAUCUAAUGACAUGGCCUCCUUGUUCACCUGAUCUGAACCCCAUUGAGAACCUGUGGUCCAUCAUCAAAUGUGAGAUUUACAAGGAGGGAAAACAGUACACCUCUCUGAACAGUGUCUGGGAGGCUGUGGUUGCUGCUGCACGCAAUGUUGAUGGUGAACAGAUCAAAACACUGACAGAAUCCAUGGAUGGCAGGCUUUUGAGUGUCCUUGCAAAGAAAGGUGGCUAUAUUGGUCACUGAUUUGUUUUUGUUUUGUUUUUGAAUGUCAGAAAUGUAUAUUUGUGAAUGUUGAGAUGUUAUAUUGGUUUCACUGGUAAUAAUAAAUAAUUGAAAUGGGUAUAUAUUUGUUUUUUGUUAAGUUGCCUAAUAAUUAUGCACAGUAAUAGUCACCUGCACACACAGAUAUCCCCCUAACAUAGCUAUAACUAAAAACAAACUAAAAACUACUUCCAAAAAUAUUCAGCUUUGAUAUUAAUGAGUUUUUUGGGUUCAUUGAGAACAUGGUUGUUGUUCAAUAAUAAAAUUAAUCCUCAAAAAUACAACUUGCCUAAUAAUUCUGCACUCCCUGUAUGUUUAGAUUAUUAAAAAGUGCUAAGCUUGCAAGUUUACAAAAUUCUCUAUUUUAGAAAAAAUAUUACAAAUAUUUGAUAUAAUAAAAGUAUUAAAGGAAGACAGUAGGCACCCAGACUACUUGAGCUCAUUGAAGUGGUCUGCAUGCCGUGUCCCUUUAGCACUCAAUGUUAAAGGAACACCAUAGUCACCUAAAUUACUUUAGCUAAAUAAAGUAGUUUUAGUGUAUAGAUCAUUCCCCUGCAAUUUCACUGCUCCAUUCACUGUCAUUUAGGAGUUAAAUCACUUUGUUUCUGUUUAUGCAGCCCUAGCCACACCUCCCCUGGCUAUGAUUGACAGAGCCUGCAUGAAAAAAAAAACUGGUUUCACUUUCAAACAGAUGUAAUUUACCUUAAAUAAUUGUAUCUCAAUCUCUAAAUUUAACUUUAAUCACAUACAGGAGGCUCUUGCAGGGUCUAGCAAGCUAUUAACAUAGCAGGGGAUAAGGAAAUCUUAAUUAAACAGAAUUUGCAAUAAAGAAAGCCUAAAUAGGGCUCUCUUUACAGGAAGUGUUUAUGGAAGGCUGUGCAAGUCACAUGCAGGGAGGUGUGACUAGGGUUCAUAAACAAAGGGAUUUGACUCCUAAAUGUCAGAGGAUUGAGCAGUGAGGCUUCAGGGGCAUGUUCUAUACACCAAAACUGCUUCAUUAAGCUAAAGUUGUUCAGGUGACUAUAGUGUCCCUUUAAACAUUUCAGUUCCAUAGAAAGGGCUUCUGGAAUUGAAACGGACCUUUGGUCAGUUAUCUGAUGCUGGACGUCCUCACGUUCUGCAUGAGGACCUCCAGUAUCCGAUUUGUUUCCCCAUAGAAAAGCUUUGAUGAAUGCUUUACUAUUGGGAAAUCCUAAUGCAAGUGUGGGUGCAGUCUGACCCAGCACCGCGCGAGGGAGGGGGGCACCUUAGAAAUCUAUAGUGCCAGGAAAACCGCUUUGAUUUCCUGGCACUAUAGGAUCAUUUUAAAUAUAUUUUGUAAAUAAAGGAUUCCUAUUUUAAUAUUGGAGUCUAUUGAGGAGCCACCUGUGCCUGUUAAACUGAUAUCCAAGACCAAAAAGCGCUUACCUUGAGAUUGGGGUAUCGAACCAUUUUCUUCAACACCAACAUGGUGACCAAAUUUAUUUUGUAAAACAUAUUUUACUGUCACGAAUGUUCUAUAAUUCUCAAAGCAUGGGUGAUAUUACACUACAAUACAUAUUAAUUUGGGGGAUUUGUUUGCUUGUUUUUUUUUUUUUUGUUCUCUCAAAAGGUUUCACUGACACUUGAAGAAAAGCAAAAGCUAGCAAGAGAACAGGAGCAAGUGCAAAAAAUGAAGAGUCAACCACCACUCAAUCCUAAUCCUGUAACACCAGCCCCUGCUGUCAAACAGGUAAUGAUGGAGACAUGCGCAGCAUUAGCCAACAAACCAAAAACAUGGCCAACAGAAAUACUGUCUUGGCUAAGAAUAGUUUUUUUAGUGUGGCCGUGUUCCUGAUCCGCAACAUUAAUCUGAACUAUCUGACUAAUCCACAAAAAUAUUAGUUGGCUUUUUGGGUUCUUUUUAUUUGUUUGGCAUUUUAUAUCAUGCGUUCAUCAAUCUCUGCAUGAAAGUAAAAACAGUGUUUUUUUGUUGUUUUUUUUUUUAAAUUAUUUAAAUACCUGAUGAACAGUGCCCACAUCCACUCAUACCAAUUUUGGACCAAUGUAAUGAGAAUGUGUAUUAGCUCAUUAUAACAACUCCUGUAGAAGAUGUAGGCUCUGUGUGCCAGGGGAAUCCCUUGGGGUUAAACCACUUGAAAAUGGUUUGACAAAAAGAUGCCAAAGAUGCCUAGCACGGUAAUCUCUACAGUAAUCUGCAGAGGUUCUGGUGCUUGGACCAUCCCUUUAACGGGUACUGUUACUAUAUGCUAGUUUUAUUUAUUAUUGUAUGUCUGUUAGAUAUUGUUGGAUAUUCCACUGUAUAAUUGUAAAGUAUUUCAGAAAUUAUUGGAGCUAUAAAAAUGAUGAUGAUGAUAUUAUGCUAACAAUUAGGAACUAAUACAUUGGGGUGUUGAAAAAGGGGAUAUUAAUUAAUAUUCUCAAACCAUGGAUCUAUGUAGAAGUGUUUUGGAAAUAGCUGCAUUUAUAGCAAGAACAAACUUUGCUAAUCUUUUACGGCAUUAUUUUUACAGACGAAGGAUCUCACAAAAACCUUGAUGGAAAAUAUGUCCUCGUUGAACAGUCUUUCAGGUGGUAGCAGUAAAUCCAGGUUUCCUCCCGCUACGAACAUGCCUAGUAAUAUUGGAUUUCAGGCACCUAUUGAUAACAUGAGUGCAAACCGAAAUGUACAAAAUGGGCUAAACUCUAACUCUGGCUUUCACUCAGCUGGAUUCAACAUGGGGCUUGGUAAUCAAAACCAAAAUUUCUUCAGUGGCACUGGUUCUGUCGGAAUUAACAAAAUGACUCCAAUGGCUACCCCUGCCAACGUGCCAAACUUUAAUGCAUUAAGUAGUCCUCCCGGGAUGUUGCCCCAGAGUCAACAGAACAAACCCACUGCCGACUUGUCCCCUCUGGACCAGCUCUUUGGCCCUCAGAAACCCAAAGUGAGUAUGAACCAAAUGUCUCAACAAAUGCAAAGUCCAUGGAUUAACCAGUUCACAUCACCACAAGGAUCUCAAACCGUGAGCAGCCCAGUAACACAAACUGGAAUGAUGGGACAAACGGGUUUUGGGACCCAGUCCAACCCAUUUUUCAACUCACAGAGCUUUGCUCAGCCUGCAAACACUAUGAAAAGCAGCACCUCUGCUAGCAACGACUUAAAAGACCUUUUUGGCUAAACUCUUCCUGAGCUUGUUUUAUAAUAAUGGUGAAAUAGCUUGCAAUCUGUGUCUUACAGUGAUACCAUCCAAUGUUGAUGUGACAAUGUUUAUUUAAUUGCAGUUCUCCUCUCUCAUUUAAUUUUUUAUUUUUUUGAUUGAAUUUUUCUCUGUAUGUAAGUUACUGGCAACAAUCAACAAAUGGCAAUAUUUGCGUCCUUGCUGUGUUACAUUUUAGCAAAACAAGAAUGUAAUAUCCCUUGCAGCUCUUUAACUAAAUUACAGCUAAGUGGAAUGGGGUACUAUCAGUAUUGCAUUUAACAAGGUUCUAGUUAAAAUGUGCGUGGUUAAAUGUCCAUUGUUUACUAAUCAGGGACUGAGGCCCAUAUAGUGAUUUUAAAAAUUAAAAACUGUUUUGGUAAGCACUGAAUAAUUAUCUGGCAAGCUUAGAGACUUUGUUUUUCGUCAAUGUUCAGUUGUGCAAGGGACACAGUGCAACCGGACCCGAGGUAGGGCAAACCUCACUUUGCAAUUUAUGAAGUAGAAAAUGAUCCAGGCACUCAAUGAUAACCAAAUAUGCAGAUGUAUUGGAGCAAAAAAACAAAGCUUGUUUUUUUUUUCCUCCAAUAAAUCUGCAUAUUUGGUUAUCCUUGAGUACCUGGAUCAUUUUCUACUUUCUUUUUUUUCAAGACAUCCAGUUUUAAAGCUUGAAGUAGAGUUCCACAGGCGUCAAAGUGUUGGGUGAAGGCAAAAAAUUAUUGGAGAUCAAAAAGGACAAAGACUCAACGUUUCGGCCUAGAGGCCUUAGUCAUGUAUGACCGUUUUAAAACAUGCUAUGGGUGAAAAUUUCUCGGUUAUUGGUAAUCACAUGGUUAGUACAUUUUACUAACAUUUUGUGACUGUAUACUCAGGGCAAAAAAAAUUAUUAUUAAUUUUAUUACUUUCCGGUUUUACAAUUUUUGUAGUUGAUGUUUAUUGAAAGACGUCAGAAACAAAUCUCGUUGCAGAGAAUAAAGGCAACGUGUAAUUCAAGAUCGGUGCAUCCCAUUUUACAAUUUUAACAGCAUUGGAGCGCAUACAAGAAUAGACUUUACUUUUUAGUUCCGUCACAAACAUCCGUUUCUCCAGUUAGAACCCAUUCAUUUGCUACCAUGCUUUCCUAAGCAAACAUUUAUCGUUGCUCUAAAACACAGAGUUUACUUUUACAACAGUUCGAUCACUUUAAGAAUUACAUUCCCUAUGUCUUUCUGAAGUCUCUGAAAAUAUUGAAUGAGCCAAUACCUAUAUUAAAUAAGGUAAAUUAGGAAUUUUGGUUUUAAACAGACUUAAUUUUAUUUUAUUUUUUUAAAUAACGUAAUUUGUAGGAACAUGCUUGUGUUCUUAAAGCUGCUUGUGUUCUUAAGCACGUUUUAUUUGCACAUUUUGCUACUGCUCACAUUCCUCUCAAUUAACCAGCUUGGUGUUAGAAUGGUUACGAUAUUCACUGGAAACAUUUGCAAAAAGGGGCAGUGGCCAACGUAGACCCCAGAGAUUGCUGCAGUGCACCUUUUAGAUAUUAAUCUACUUUGCCUGCCCUGAGAUGAGCCCAUUUUUUAUUCCUUUCACCUUUGCCCUUUGCCACCGAAAUAGUAAAAGCACGUUGUUACGAGGAGUAGUACAUAGUUUACAGUUUAACACACCAUUUUGAUUAUUCUUAGUAAAUAUAGAUUAUGUAAUGAUUUACAUUCACCAUGCAGUGUUCCAUUUUUAUGUGUAAUCUAGGAGAUUACACAAAAUCUCAACAUACGAUCAAUUAAAUGAAUAAUUGGAUACGAAUUAAUAUGAUCAGUGUCUUUUUCUUUUUUUUCUUUUUAUUUUGAGCAUUUUAUUAAUUAUUUUAAAUAUCUCUGUAGCAUAGGCCAGCAGGUAUCUCUCCUGCUUUUGCAAAAUGACCAUUCCUCUAAUCCUUAGUCAACCCAUCUCUAACCAAAUGCUCACUGAGGAUUAUUGGAGCUACAUAUUAGCAACACUUGUUAAACUACCCAUUGGUUGUCUCUUGCUAUAAAUGAUUCUGCAUACAGUAUCUGAUUAUUACUACGUUGCUACAUACAUUAUUCUCUCUCCAUUCAUAUCUGUGAUAUUUAAACAUGUUACUGGCCUGGCCAGCAUGAGACUAGGUUUUUGUUUGAAACUUUUUUUUGUUUCUUUGUCCCAAAGAGAUUACAGUACCAUUAUAUCGCAUGAUCUAUUGUCUCUCGCAUCCUUCUAUGUUCUGGUUUUGUCCUCUUGGAAAAUGCAUUGCUGUUAACCCAUUGUGUUCCAGAGGGCCUUUCCUAUAAUUUUGCGAAUUCAGUAACAAUGUUGUCAAGGACUGUUAAUUAUCUGACUUGGAAUACCGGCCCUCUCACUACUUAAAGGGACUGUUAGUUUUCUUCAGAGUAUUUUUUGGCUUCUUAUCAUAAAAGCAAGACACGCAGUGCCCCUUUCAUGGCACACUACAAGACUAUCACAGAAGGGCCAAAUUAGCAAUAUGGUCACCUGAAAUCUUCAGCCUCUACAUUCUGUUUAUCCCAGGGGAUUUCUAGAUUCUUUGUAUAUACCGAUCAAGUAGUCUGCUUGAGAUUAAAUCACCUGUAUUGUCUGUCUGUUCCACUCUGUUAUUCCAUUUGAUGUUUUAGACCACGGGGCCUUACGGUGUAAAUGGAUUUGUUACAUAACUGUUUAAAAACUUGAUAAAUAUUCCUUGAUUUCUAUAUAACUGUGAAUCAUAAAUAUUGUUUAACAUAUCUUGAAGGUUUGUGUGUGCGCAAUCUAAUUAUUGUUAAACAUUUUGUUGUUGGUAAUUGCAUUUUGAACAAACUGUUUAUAAGGAAAAAUGUUAAUAAAUGAACACUGGAAAAAAAAAAAGAAAAAAGGAUCAGCCCGAAGAUAAUUUACGUAUUUUCCAUUUUAUACAACUAAUGGGCUUUCUUUCCGGAGGGUGAUUUACAGAAUGCUCUGAGUGACUCUUUACAUUAUAGUAUAUUGUGG